AUUGCAAAGUGGACGUUUCCAUAGAUACGAAGGAGCCGCUUGCUAGUUUCCCCCUAAAUGCUGCCCGGAUAAGAAAGCCUUUGCAGGUACUCACACAACGUGACAGCUGUAAGAUAUUUUGCGCUAGAUCUCCUUUAGUUGGGGGUUUGGUUUGUGCAAUUUAGGGGAUUUUGUUGCUUCAGUAUUGAGCGGUUCUGGCGGUUUUCUCUGAGCUGGAUGUAUUAAGAUGGAGGGUUUGUCUUCCAAAUUGCCAGCAUUUCUGAUCAUAUUUAUACCAAAUUUACCGUAUAUAAGGUUUCCUUUUUGCAUGUUUUGAUCAUUCUUUGUGGAUACAGUGGCAAACUUUGUCCUCAGAGACUGGAUUAUAAAUGUGAUUUCCAGGCCAUGCGGUGGUUGCCACUGCAGAGUCAUGUCUGUAUUUAGUGCAAUGCAGGCUGAAGACCCAAGAUCACAGCCUCCUAGUACAAGCUACUGGCCUUGCCGCUUUUGCACAGACAUUUCUCUGAGUCUUUUAAUGAAAUAAUGUAGAGGAGAGUGGGGUAAGUUGAGCCACCCACUGUUGCUUGGAAAUGGUAAAAGAAAAUUCAUCAUGUCACCAAAUAUUUAGGAGAUGGGCAUCAAUUCAUGGAGUCUGUGAAGGUUAGAAGCACAUGAGUGAAGGAGUUCGACAUUUAUUUACAGAAGAUCAUUUUUCACUCUUGAAAGUGAAUUUAGUCUGUCAUAAGUUCGAUUAGAAUUGUGUUCAGACCAAAAAAAGAUCAUUUUAAAUUUGUUUUAUACAUAAAUUUUGGUAUCUGUGAGCUACAACAUGAGGUCAAAAACUUAGCAUAAAAGUCCACCAUUUUAGUUUAGAGGACUAAUAAAGUCAGAAUAGUAGUUCUGGGGUAAGCUGAGCCAGUGGCUCGACUGAGAAAGUAAAGAAGUCUGAUGAGAGGAUAAGAGUUUCAGUUCAGAUUGUUGAAAUGUGUUACUUUUUCUUUUCAAAAAUACAGCUGUGAAUGUUCUGAAUCACUUAAAGACAUUCGCAUGUUAAAAGGACUUUUUACAAAACAGCUUUUUAGCAGUUAUAUGCAAUAAUAAUAAAACAAUUAUUGUACCAGAUAAAUAGUGUAUAAUAGAUAAAAAUACACAUGAAUGUGAAGAAGUGACUGUUAUUUAGGGAAAGAGAAGGUUAGGGAGGACUGGGGUGGAGAGUGUUGGAAAAUUAUUAUGUUAAGCUUCUCAUCUAUUGAAAUGUAUUGUUUAAUCACUUGAAGAAAUUAAGCUUACAAAGAAUGUAUCUCAUGCCUCAGUAUUUAUCCACUGUGCAUCUUGCAAAAUGAAUUGUUAAAGGAACCAGUUCUGUGUGGUUCAGGAACUAUGUACUGGUUCAACUGAAACUAUCCAGUUCCUGAUUUAUCUUCCCCCCCUGCCAUGUCCUAUCACUCAACUCAGUUGGCCCUUGCAAAACACUCCGCUUACAAAACACUCAUAUGAGCAAAUGCUACUAACACAUCAUCAAAUAGGGAAGUACUGUGAUUGUAUAACCACUGAAACUGUCAAGAAGCAACGGGGAAGAGUAUCUCUGAGAAGAGAGUCUGACUUAGACACAGGAAGUUCUCCUCAGCCUGCUCUCUCCCUUGUGCACAAGAAAAUGCAAUUGCGGUCUGUUCUGAGUUUGUGAUUUCACUCUUCUUGUUUUGGUGGGGUUUAAUAUGUCCUAGACCUAACAUAUCCCUGAUAUGUUUUUGAACCUGACAAGAGUGAGGGGGUAGUAGGGAUACGGCUCAACUUACCCCGCUCCUAUGGUCAGCUUACCCCAUACAUGGUGUAAGUUGACCAUAGGAGACCACUCUUUUCCGGCAUACUAUAUUAUCAAGACAGUUAUGUUUACACUCAUUCUGUUGGUUUGCAGGGAUGCACAACAUCUUGAAAUAUAUGCAGAUACACUAGUUGGAGACAAAACUAUGAUUGCCUUGAUGAAGGCAAUCAUCAAAAUGGCUCAUUGUACCCCACUCUCCCUCACUGUAGAUCAUGAAAUCUCAAAACUUAAGUAAUGUUAUGAGUCUUGAAAUGUUAAAACACAGAGCUGAUUUAGCUUCUCACAGGUUGGUGAACCUCCUCCAAUGUUUACAGAUGCCAUUUUCAUUCCCAGUUAUGUUAUUUAGUCACGCAUAUUAAUGUUUUAAGUUUGUAGAUGUACAUUUGCACAUUAUAAGCCUAAAAAACACAUUGCUCUAUUUAUUCCAGUCUGAUCGGCCGGCUGCGGAGAUGUCUCAGUUAUCCGCUGAAGAUGAGGUGGAGCUGCAGUCACUGCUCAGGCAGCUUCUGAGGAGCAUCAAUGACAAGAUCUCAGAUGCUCCAUCAACUGAAUGUGCUGAAGAGAUUCUGCUUCACCUGGAGGAGACUGACAAGAACUUCCACAAGUAAGUGUGUGAAACUUUAAUAUCAUGCCUAUAUUCUUAAACAAUAAGGUUCAUGCUUCUACUUUUAAAGACUAUCAUGAAGGUUACAAGUGAUAUUAAGUAUCAUAUGUCUACCUUCUGUUCCCAGUUAUGAGUUUGUUAAGUACCUUCGUCAGUAUGUGGAGAGUUCACUUGGGACUGUGGUGGAAGAAGAAACCAAGAACUUGACCAGAGGAGAUGAGCAACAUGCAAUAGGCUCGGGCCACGACACUUUGGUCCAUGCUGUCACCAGGAGGACCAGAGAUUCUGCUGAGUGAGUGAAUGUGAAACAUUUUCUUGAAUUUUCUUCACUUUUAUGGUGGAGUUGAUCAAAUAUUCCUUGUGGAGAAAUUGCAAAGAAAUACAGAAAUUUGUGUAUAGAUGAUGGUGUCUCCUACAAAGAUAAUUGUAGAUAAACAGAUUUGAACACAUGUGUGUUUCUGAAAAAGGUUUGGCUGAAAGACUCUGAUACUAGGUGAUGGUAACAACUCUCUGAUGUACAAAUGUCAUGUACAGGUACCAGCAGAUGAUGCAGACGCUGAAAAGCUCCAUGAUCAUUGUGGUGGAGUCUUUGAUCAACAAGUUUGAAGAGGACCAGAUGAAGAAGGAGGAAAUACAAAAGCAGCACAGUCAGUCCAACAGUCAAUAUGCUGACAACUGCUCAGACAGUGACUCCUCCUUCAAUCAGGUUAGACUUACAUACCCUUCAGCUAUUACAAAAUUCAGCUGCAAGAGUGCUGACGAGGGCCAGAGGGCGGGAGCAUAUAACCUCAGUUUUAGCAUGCGUCUCCCCUCAGUCAGUCCAACAGUCAAUAUGCUGACAACUGCUCAGACAGUGACUCCUCCUUCAAUCAGGUUAGACUUACAUACCCUUCAGCUAUUACAAAAUUCAGCUGCAAGAGUGCUGACGAGGGCCAGAGGGCGGGAGCAUAUAACCCCAGUUUUCAAUGAUAGCCUUCUUAUUUCUCUUACUGCAAUUCACUGUUCUACUACUGUUCAUUUUAAUCUGAGUUCUUAAUGUUUAUUUUAUGUAUUUUUGAUUAACUAUCUCUGCUUUUAGUCUUUUUCUUAAUUACCUCCAAUGAGGUUUUACUUCUUUUACCUCUUUUACAUGAUAAAGAGCUCUAACUUAUCUGUUCAUUUUAUAUUCUUGUCUUAAUCCAUCAGGUUUGUGUGUGUGUGUGUGUGUGUGUGGGUGGGUAUGUGGGGUGGGAAAGCUGAACUACAUUGAACUACAUUUAUGUCUUAAAAUUGCCAUACAAAUAAAGUUGAAUUUGAAUUUGAAUUUGAAUUGGACACACCCUGAAGGCUGAUGGUUAAAAUAUUCUUUUAUGCCUUUAUAGCAUUUAACGUCACAUAUAAAGAUCGUAUCUCAGCAGUAAUUCUUGAAUGACUCAAAUGGCUUGUUUUAAGACUAAAUGUAGGGCAAAGAGUGGCAUCCACCCAGUGACACAUGGAUCACGCAGACUUUCGCAUGAAGCAAUAAAAGAUGUUCCAGAGAAUUGGUUUAUGGUGGACAUUUUUUUCCCUUUCUCUAGAGUUAUGCCUUCAUCAGAAAAGAGCAGCUGCAAGUUUUGGCUGAAAAGCUCGACUCCAGCAGUCCCAAAGAGGUAGAAAGACUCAUUUCAUCACAGACUUUCAUGUUAUUCUACAUCCCUUCUGUUUCUAUGUGCAACUGAGAAGUGAUUUCAAAUCUCUGCCAGGAUCACUUAAGUCAGAGGGGAGUAUAAGUUGCAUAUAAUAAGUUAUAUAUGGUGGUGUAGCUCUGUUCUGAGAGCUCCCUACCCUUCUAUAAGAAUACAUGGAAAGGCAAGAGAGGGAGAGCAGCAGCAAAGACUUCUGGGAUGCAGAACAGAGCAAUAAAUAUGACACAGAUGAGAAGGUGGGAUGCAAAGCAGUUUAAAGAUGGCACCCAUUUACAUUCGCCAAUUUAGCACAUGUGGGCUGUUGUUAGGAUCAGCUGGUGUACUGUGAGCUGAGCUUGACUUUGUGACCUGCCUGAACUAGCUCUAGACAAAAUUUCACUCACUGUUACUUUAAUUUACAGUUCAUACCAAGAGUGAAUAACUUUUUCAACUCCAGAGUUAUUUAAGUUUACAACUUGUGCAGCUGAGUGGUUGUUGUUUGCUUCUUCCAUUGCUGAAUGUAUUCGUGCAGGUGCGCUGGGAGGCUCUCCGGGCCCUUUGCUGCGCUCCUCCGUCCGACGUUCUGAGCUGCGAGAGCUGGAGCAGCUUACGCAGAAACCUCUGCGCAGCCCUGAGCGACCCCGACCUCAGUGUGAGUCCUGAGUUGCCUCAUCUAUUAAGAAUUAUGGGUUUUACAAACUCCUUUACGAGUGAAUCAUUAAUAGUAAUCAUGUCAUCUUUAUGGAUAAUUUCAGGCUUUGUGAUUAACGAUAAUAUUAUAACAUAAAACACUUUCUAAAAUCCUGUCAACCUGCCUAAUUGAGGGAAAAACAAGAUAACAGCGCUGAAUAAUUGAAAGAUAAUUGGUAGCUACAUGUAGGCUGAAAAUGUUUUUGUGCUAAUCUUAUUUAAUUUCCUCUCAUUAUAUUUCACAUAAAUUAAGAUGAAGCCGCUAUUGAUUGAUUGAUUAGCCUUGCUAUGGCGUGUCAGUGUGCACCCUGACGCUCAAGUCUCUCCCUCUCACAUCCAUCAGGAUAACGUUCUGCAGUUCUUCGCUAAAAGCUUCUCCUCCUCUCCGCUGAACGUGACACGAGAGAUCUACACCAGUUUGGGUGAGCUGCAAAGCAGAAGUGAAAGUGUGUUUUUAUUCUAUGGGAAUUGAAUUCUAAGAGGGCGGCUCCCUUUUAUUUACUGUUCAAAAUGGAGAAUAGGCACUUUUCCUGCUCACUGCUUGUAUUACGCAGCCAUGCAGAUAAUGAAGUUUUGAUUUUAUUUACAGAAGAUAUCCACCUUUUGGCUUUAUGCAUGCACUCAAGUCCAGCUGAGGUUUUAGUGCUUAAUAAAUACUCCAAAGACCUCAAUGGGGACAACUUUUAUUGCAUUUUUACUGUCGUGGUUUAAAUUCUCUUACUGUAUUACGUUUAAAAUCUGUGUGCUAUCAUUUUAUUGUAUAUUUGCAGCAUCUUAAGUGUGAUGCAUAUUUUUCUUUAAUGUGCAGCUAAAAGCGUGGAGUCCAGUUUUCUGUCCCACAAACUAAGCUUUCCCACUGCCACAGCCCACAUGGACAUCAGCAGACCUGAGAUCAGCCGUCUGCUCAAACAGGUACCACACCUUUUUUUAAAAUUCCCAUUAGGGCUGGGCGAUAUGGGAAAAAGUUUAUCACGAUAAAAAACAAAAUACCUCCACACCACUGACAUUUUGUGCCAGUGUUAUCGAAAUGCUGUCAUCUGUUGAGCCUUUAUCUGCAUUUCUGUCGGGGGGAAGCACUCAUUUUCUUUUUUUCUCACUAACAGCGCUGUCGGCUUCACGUGUUAAAGUGUAAUGGUUGUGUGUAGCUGCAGCCUGCUACUACUCAGUUGUUUGCUACUUGGUUCUGAUUCGGGACAUGAUUGGUUCAGCGUGGAGCAGACCCAAAGCAGCUCCCCUUUUGAUUGGCUAUUUGUAUAGUCUACCAAAACAUGGCAUUGAUAUUGAGGGAAAUUAAUUUUUGAUAUAUAUCGUAAUUGUUUUAUCGCCCAGCCCUAAUUCCCAUUGAAUUUCACCAUAAUCCAGUUACACCCUCGCUGUUUCUUUCACACUCUUGUCUCUGUUGCCUCAGAUUCGAUUGAUGAACGAUUUUCAAAAGGAGGUGACCACCUUCUGGAUCCGCCACCCUGAGAAGUAAGUGUAAUAUAAUGUAUAGGAAGAGAAGACAUGGAUUUCUGUUGUUCUGUGUGGUCCAUGGUGCACAUCCGGGCUGUAGGUGUCAGUUGUGGAGCCUCCUCCUUUUCGUUGUGUUAACGGAAAAGAACAACCACACAGCCUGCAUGAGCAGCUCAGAGGAAAACAGGUGGCAACCUUCAGAGCAAAGGUGCUAAAAAUGUCAGUUUCUCAAGUGUGCAUCAAAAGAAAACACAAAUACAGCAGCAAGCUUAUUUCUUUACCUGCACACAAUGUACAGUGAGAGAUCUUUUUAACGGCCAGUAUUAGUAUGAGUCAGCAUUCAGAACUCUUACCCUUGCAGUGGAGUUCGACCAAUCGGAAUCCAGCUUUUGACUUUUCUUUCUUUAAUCACGUCUACAGUUUUCAUUCCGUGCGUUUGUUCUGCUUUCCUUCCUGCUCUGCUUUAGGUACAUGGAGGAAGUUAUAGAGAGCACCUUCUCUCUCCUGUCCUUCCAUCAUGAACAUGGAUCUGCCUCACCAAGAGCGGAGAAAUCCCUCGAACCUAUUCACCUCAUGGCUUUACUGGACGUUAAAGCUACCUGGUUUAAAAAGUGGAUGGUGUGUAUGUCAAACGAACAAAUACUUUUGAAUUAAUGCAUUCACUUUCAUGUUAUUUAUGUCUUUCUCUUCUCUCUCUCUCACUCUCCUUCUCCCAGCAUGGAUACUACAGCAGGACUGUAGUUCUCAGACUCCUGGAGCGAAAAUACAAGUCUAUGGUGAGUGAUUCACUCGGUAAUCAAUAUCUCUCACUGAGUUCUUUGUACUUCUGAGGGACCUGGUGGCAAAGAGGCACAACAAUUCCUGCUCUUUGAAGAAUGUCGAAGAAACCUUAGGUAGAACUACAAAAGUACAAAUUUAAUAUUUUAUUAUUCAGCCUCAGAAGAAAGCUGAAUAUGCUCAUCUAGGUCCUACAUUUUCUGUAUUAGAAGUUUAUGGUUGAAUCAAACAGAUAGUGAAGAGUUUAGGGAUUCUGCAUUUAACUGAGGCCGUCUGUGAGAUUCUUUUUUGCCGAUAGAGUCUUUGAGCCAAUGAGGCAUAAGAGCCGAGUGUCAUUUCGACAUUUUGGAAUUGAUUAUUUAAUCCAAACCUCCCUCUCAUCUCCGACUCUGACUUUAGAGAGGAUUAAUGUGGAACUUUAUCUGAAGGAAAUGUCAAUAACGCUCUCAGAACACUGUCAGACUAAACCACUCCUGCAACCAAGUGCAUUAAUAUUCCUUCAAGUGCUCGAAUUGAGAUUCAAACGAACAGAUCUGGUCAUUAAACUGUUGAUUUUGAAGUUCAAUAAGAGGAGGUCGCUUUGACUCUUUGAAAGACUUCUUCAUUGGCCUGCUGUGGAGGAUUUUUGUCUUUUAUACAUGGCCUCACCUAAACAUGUAAAUAGAGGUCAACAGUUUAACGCAGAUCAGUUUACAGAACCGUUAAAAGAAGAGAUGAUGCAACACGCUAGUAAACAAACCAUCAAAUCCUGAUUUUAUGAGAUUUUACAAAGCACUCCAACUUUCUGGACUUGAGCUUGAAGCAGUUCACUCAUACAGGUGUGUUUCUGCUUCAUUGUUUGGCAUUUCUACUUUCAGAUCGUAGCAGCCCUCCAGCAGUGCAUCCAUUACAACGAGUCCUGUCGUCGUCUCACAAACGAGGCCUCAGAUCCCCAAUCAACAGAGCCACAGAACACAAGUUAGUACAAGAGCUAUGAUGUCUCCUGAAGUUAUUUUGAAUUCCAGUCCUCACUCUGAGUUUCACUCCAUGUGGUAAACAUCAGCACAUUAGCUUUAAUGCUGGUUUAAUGUGUCCUGUGAAACAAAUAAAGAAUACACACAGAGCCACCGUCGCAGCCCCUAAUGAGAAAUGAAUGCUUCAUUUAGGGCCUGUGGGUGUUCAAUGUCUUUUUACCCUGAGUUUGCAGCCUUCGUUUAUCCACUGUGCUUCAUGUGCCAAAACCAUCCUGCUACUGUAAGUCUAAACCUCGCAGAGUGGUGCAGAGAUGAACACCAGAAAAAAGGAAACAAGAACAAAAGAGAGAGUGAAGAUAGAUCAGCCAGGAACCAGUUAAAAGUACAUGCUGUAGCUGUUUGACCUCACAUUAAAGUGAUCUUUUUUAAUGGUGGUGAAGUAGAACUCAGGGAACCGCACUGCAUGAAUCAGGACAGUGCCUGAGCUUUUCAGGAAUGUCACAUUGUCAGCUUUGUAGAUCUCUCUGUUGUAGCCUUCAGCGUUUAAAUCUUUAACCUCCCCUGCUUUCCCCCUGCUGUUUCUGCCUCUUUUCUUCUCUCCAACCUUAAACAGAUAUUCACUGGACUUUUCUUUUCAGGGGACUGCAAUGACUUUACUUUGUCCACUAGAUAUUGAAGCCAUGUGUGCUGAUGAGAAAUAACAGACCAUUGUAAUGGAGAAUUGACUCAUCUGUUUAGAUAUUCACCAGGCUGUUUCAGAAAACAUAUUUAUCCCAGUAUAUGGUAAAAAUAUACAAAUGGUCAUAAGCUUGACAGAAUUUGAAGGCCUGUUAUCUGGGUCUUCUAUUCUAUUCUAUUCUAUUCUAAUCUAUUCUAUUCUAUUCUAUAAUUUUGCACUCAACUCUAUUCUAUUCUAUUCUAUUCUACAAUUUGCACUCUAUUCUAUUCUAACAUUUAGCAGCAUAUUCUAUCCUUUCAUUCUGUGAUAUUUAACAAUUUUGCACUCUAUUCUAUUCUAUUCUAUUCUAUUCUAGAAUUUUGCACUGUAUUCUAUUCUAUUCUACAAUAUUGUCAUUCUAUUCUAUUCUAUUCUAUUCUAUUCUAUUCUAUUCUAUCUAUUCUAUUCUACAAUUUUGCACUCUAUUCUAUUCUACUAUUUUGCACUCUAUUCUAUUCUAUUCUAUUCUAUUCUACAAUUUUGCACUCUAUUCUAUUCUAUUCUAUUCUAUUCCAUUCUAUUCUUUUCCAUUCUAUUCUAUUCCAUUCUGUUCUACCAUUUUACAGUAUAUUCUAUUCUUUUACUCUGUUUUAUUCUACUUUACAAUUUUGCACUCUAUUCUAUUCUAUUCUAUUCUAUUCUAUUCUACAAUUUUCUAUUCUAUUCUAUUCUAUUCUAUCCUGUUGUACAAUUUUGCACUCUAUUCUAUUCUACCAUUUUGCAGUAUAUUCAAUUCUUUUAUUGUAUUCUUUUCUACAAUUUUGCACUCUGUUCUGUUCUAUUCUAUUCUGUUCUACCAUUUUACAGUAUAUCCUAUUCUUUUACUCUGUUCUAUUCUACAAUUUUGCACUCUAAUCUAUUCUACCAUUUUGCAGUAUGUUCUAUUCUUUUUAUUCUAUUCUAUUCAACAAUUUUGCACUCUAUUCUAUUCUAAUCUAUUCUAUUUCAGGAUUUUGCACUCUAUUCUAUUUUAUUGUUUGUUCCUCAGGACUUUUCAAUCCACCUCCCAAAGUAGCCUGUAUAAGUUAUAUCCAUGCAUGAAAAUCAUUCACUUGUCUUACUUCUUUUAAGGCAAAAUGUGAAUAUGUAAGAUACUUUAUUAUUAAACAUUUAUACUGUCCUGUAACUCUGCUUGAUUUUUCUCACAAAAUGCAUCAGAUUGAAGCUUUUAAAUAUAAAAUGUCCAAAAUUUAAUAUCUGAGAUGGAGCAGAGUGGGAGGUCAGGUGAAAGUGAGUUGAGUGUCUGUGUGUGUUAUCUCCUGAAAACCAGCUGGCUCCUCCAGACUGAACAUUUUGACCUUGUCUUUGGUGAGUGCUGAUAUACUGACUCCUCUUUCAGUGGUACACUCUUUAUGAGGGAAGAAGGGUUUAGCUGAGCUCUGCCUUUUUUGGAUUCUCUGCACCUAUGACUUUCUGCAGGACUGCUAAGUUUGCACAUGUCAAUCCUGCAGUUUUUUGUUUGUUUACACAUGAAAUCACGUGUUUCUUUGUUAAAUUGGGAUUUACUUCAUGCAUGUUGAUUGAAGAGUUUUUUUUCCUCAGCAGAAAAAUAAAGUUACUUCUCUAACUUUUUCUUACUUUUCUCAAACUCUCCCUCUUACCUUAGCGGCUUGCUGAGUUUUUUUUGAAUAUCAUGAAUUUUUUAACAACAUAAAAACCUGGAACUGUUGUUACUGCAUGAGUCUAGAUAGUCUAAAAAAAGUUCUUGUUUUCUUUAUGUAUUUCAGGUUCAGUCCAGAGGAGUGUUUACACUGGACAAGAGCUCGAAUACGCCUUCUUUGUCCACUCACUGUGUGUCUUGGGGAAACUGCUCAUCUACACUAACGGCAGAAAGCUGUUCCCCGUCAAAGUCAAGAAGCACAAAGGUAGAUUACAUGAUCUGUUAAAAGGCCUGCAGAGUAUAUUGUUUGGCCUCGCUGUCUGAAACCGUUCAGAAAGAAAAAUAGUACAAAGUAAAUAUUUGGGGGUAAAAUAACCGUCUGAAAGGAGCAGCUUUAAGAUAAAGAGAAAAACAGACACUUUGAUGAUGAUAGUUUACGACCUGUGGCAGACCUUAAUCUCUUCUUUUGACAAGCCACCACGAAACAACUUAUAUAAUCUUUACAACAGAUAAUCUCACACAGGAAUGUGUCUGAUCAUCUAAAACAAUCUGCUCCAGGUAAUGAGUUUUUCUCCUCCCUUUCCUUAAUUACUAAGUUAUGUCACAGCGUGAGUGAGACAUAGAUAAAGAUAGACUCACUGUCUGCUGUCGAAGCUUUAAGGAAUGUUUUAUACAACCAUUGAUCACUCCUCCUCCUCUGAGUAAGGCAGAGGCGAUCAGAUAACUGAAGUGAGAGGGGUUUAUGUUGGUGGUAAUGCUCGCUCUUGGGGUUCAUGUGUCAGACUUAUUUAUAAGUUUCUAUGGCAACACCUGUUUUAGAUUUCCCUAAACCUGUUUUUGUCAUUGCAAUUGAGAUCUUUCUGACUUUAUGAUCAAGAGGAAGAUUCCUCACACGCACAGACAGAGCAGGCAAUCAGUGUCGUUUUUCAUGAUUCCUGUCCUGUUUUUUCACACAUAGUUAUUAACUUUUGUAUUUCUGUGAAGAAUUCAGAUUUUUUGCAAAUUCUCAUUGGUGAAAAACAGGAACAUUGUAGCCCUAGUUAGUACUGCAAUUUACCAGAGAUCCUUUUUUAUGAUCAGGUGUUUUGUAAUUGAAGGAUUAAGGCCACAUCAAGGAUUACAAUUUUUUAGAUAAAUUCACAAGAAUUUAGUCAUAAUUUUUUUAAGAAUAAAGUUGUCGGAGAAAAGUCUUAAAUUAUUGAGGUUGACCUACAAAAUUUAAAAGAAGAAAGCUGUAAUACUAUGGGAAUUAAGCUGUGAAUUUACAAGAUACAAGUUGUGAAUUUAUGAAAAAAAAGGUGCAAAUUGACAAAAUCCAAGUUGUUAAUUUACAAAAAUAAAGUUUCAAAUUCAUGAGAAUGAAUAGGUAAAAGCAUGAAAAAGCAUGAAAGUUUUAAAUGAUUAAGUAUCAAGUUGUAAGAGAAUGAGGAACAAGUAGUUAAGUUAAAAUGAAUGGAAUUAUGAAAAAAAAAUUAAAGGAUAGCCUGUAAAAUGAUCUUGUAAAUCUAUAUGAAAGUCGAAAUUUUUCAAGAAUCAGGUUUUUAAUUCACAAGACUAAAUGUGUACAUUUAAAGAAUAUUAAGUUGUAAAUUCACAAGUUUUAGGUAUUGUUUUAUUCUCAUCGUAUUCCGUUAAAAAAUGUUCAUUUUAUCAUUUUGCUGAUCUUGACCUUUGUGUAUUAAGGCAGGAUUUUCUAACAAAUGUUUCUAUCCUACUUACAUUAAAUGUGUUGUGCAUUGUGAAUGUUUUCAGUUUAGUAUGUAAGAAAUGUUUUUAUUUUAAGCAUGAAAAAUUUUUUUUAAUGCAGUUUUUUUUAAUGGUUUGGACCACCUCAUAGAAGUUUCAGCCUUUGAAUAUUACAGUAUGAAAUUAGUCCAUUGUGUUUCUAACUGUGAUAGUGGAUUUUGUUGGUCAUGCAGUGGCAUCAUAACACUCAAGUCUGGUUCACAACCAUUUAAAACUCCUAAAAGGAGCUUUAACACUGAUGUAAAUGAUCUCACGUAUGAAUAGAUAUAGAGAGCCUUAGGAUGUUUGUCAUGAUACAUACAGUACUAGGAUAUAAUAUGAUAUUUACACAUAUUAUUUAUUCAGGAAACACUUAAAAACACAAACUAUUUCCUUCUCUGCAGAAUCUCUCUGGUUUUACUCUCCUUGCUCAGACACUGAGUCAUGUCAUUUCAGAUCCAGUCAGCCUCACAGACCUAAUCGUUCUCCUGAUAAACAUCAUGUACCAACACCCUGAACCCGUGCACAGUGACACCUCACACACAGGUGAGUCUUUACAUACUCACACAAGGAAAUAAACAACGUCCUGAGUUUCGGCUUCCUCCUCCUCCUGGUUUCUAUAAUGACUGUGUAUGCGUGGAGCACACCCAUAACUUUUAUCUCUUAACUUUGUGUCGAGUCUCCCUGGAAGACCUUCCUUUUAUUGCAUCAUUCAUUCACAUGAAUUAUGCUGCAGCAGCCUUACUGUCGGUGAUCAAUAGUGUUCCCCACCUUGACUGGCUGCUGUUGGCACACAGGUUGGGCAAUAUUUUAUCUACAGUCUUAUGACAAACACCUGCAUCACUUGUGAGAGCAUUUUCAGACAAUUUCAUGAUGCAGCAGGAUGCAGACCAGACAAGAUUUUUCUUUUUUCCUUCUCUUAUAGAUAGAAUAAGUAUUACAAGACCAACAUUUUCAUCUGUGUAAGAACAGAUUUAAAUUAUGUUUGGAUGUUGCUCUGUGUUUUUUUAAUUGUGCUCAAGGAAAAAACACAUCAUUUCAAAGAGAAACAUCUUUCAAGAAAACCUCAAGUCCAACUAUCUAUUUGAGCAAUUAACAAGUUUUCCUCUGAAGUUUUUAGUGGUUAAAUAAUUAUCAGAGCAGUGCCGCCAAAUAUAACUUAUUGCAUGCAAAUGAUGAUUCUUUUGGAGCUGUAGGAGUCCAAAUGCAGUGUACAUAAAGUGGGUGUUAAUAUGUAAAAUAACAGAUCAUGUCUGUUUAGACUCCCUGUCUCCCAGCUGUCUGGCCAUGGAGGUGCUGUGGAUGCUGUGUGAGAGGACAGAGUGUGCUGCCGAGUGUCUCUACCAGACCCCUGUGAUAGAGACGCUGUUGAAUCCAGUCAUAGCUCUGCUCAAUGGACAGCAGGUCAAAUACUCACAUACACAUACAUAAAGCAUUUAUUAAUCCUUACGAGGCAUUAAUAUGAACCCCUUGUUGUCUUAUUCAUGUUUAUAACAUCUACUUUCAGUAAAUAAAUGGUCUUUAAGUAGUUGAGAUUUCAGUGAGUUCUUAAAAUGGAGAUUCCACACAAAAUGAAAUGUGAGUUAUGAUUUUAAUAAAGGGUCAUACAGUUAUAUUGAUGUGAAUUAAUAUCUUAUUCACUUUAUGCUGUAAUUUUGAAUAAAUUUCCCACAAGUUUCAUUAUUUGUGAUUUUGCAAAGAGAAACACCAGUUAAUGGCAUAAUAACACAAAUUUGCAGCAUGGCAACAGUGGAGGAGGCUUCUGGAGAGCUGGCCAGUGGGAAGAUCGGGGGCAUUUGAAAAGUCUAUAACACCCCCUCUUCAAACUUUAAAUAUAGGAUGGUCUUGACACCUUUCUGCUCUUUGCACUGAUUUAUUCCUGAUCCUGAAGCUCAAAUUUCAACCCUCAGCUUGCGUAUCAUUACUUACUUAUUACUUAGGCGAGAUCUGCAUCAACAAAAUCAUUCCAAACUUUUUCUCUUCCCCGGCCUUGACUCUGCUGUCUGAAUAUUGAGUGCAUCAAGAGUUUUGUUGUCUCAGCAGGUCAUUUUUCCAUCUGUCAGCCUUCCAAAAACUGUUAAAAAUUGUGCUCCGCUUGUUGUUUGUUCUAUCUUUGUCAUAUUUAAUAAUGUUAUUUCAGUUUCCAUUAUCCCUCGAGCCCUCCUGGGAUUCUACUUCUUCACAAAUAAGUUUGUAAUUCUGUGUGUUUGUUCUCUGCGGUUUUCAGGCUGAAUUAAAAUCUCCCGCAGCAACUCUGACGCUCAUUGCUGAUGUUCUCGCUCGCAUCGCAAACACCAACAGGGGAUUAGCUCUCUUCUUAUACGAGAUGAAUCUAGUGGUGGCCGACAGUGAGAGGUGAGGCAGCAUGACUGAAUAAUUAUUAGAUACACAGUUUCAUUCUGUAUCUUUCAUUGUCAUGAAUAAAUUACAUUCUUCUGACUUAGCAAGACGUUUUCAAUUCUGAGUUAAGUUUGCAGAACAAAUCCUCCACGCCCUGUACAGAGAGCAGAUUAGAGCUGAGGAUGUGGUCGGUUUGUCAGCUGCUGGGAUUAAAUCUUUGAGGUAGUCAGGUUUCUUACAGCAGAAAAACAGAAAGUUAUGUUUUAUUAAAAACUUCAGUCCACUGUGAGCCCAGAUGUAGCUCUGUAUUGUUUUUUAACAGUCUGGCCAGGGGCUUUAUAAACCACAGUAUCAAUCUAAGGAGUUAUAAAUGUUACAGGAACUUAAAGAAUACUUAGUUUUCUACUAUGUUGUCACAGAAAAGUCUGAUUUCAGUCUGAACACUUCACAGUCUGUGUGUCUUUGCCCGAGCUGCACAACGCUUCACAUCGCAUGCAUGAAAAUCCGUCUCCUUUAAUCCCUUGUAUUAUAUAUGUCUCUAUAUCUGUCUCCCUUUUCCUCUGCAGAGCCUCGGCUGCUCAUGUUAUUGUUCGGUUCGCCCUCAGGCUGCUGGAUAAAGAGCUGUCAUCACUAAGUGAUCCCGACGGCUCCCAUGCAUUAUGUGGAGCCUUUAUCUUCGUCUGCAGGCAAAUAUACAACACCUGUGAGGGUUUGCAGGUGCUCCGACCUUACGGACUCCACAAGGCCGUAGCUGCUGCAUGGAAAGAGGUACAACAAAACAACCCUGACAGGACUUUUUUUUUUCUUCAAAAGUUCCCCUUCAAGUUUCUGCGAUCGAACGAUAUAGUUUUAAAAGUUUUUUAGGCUUUUAGGGGAAGAAUUUGGAAUAAAUGCUGAUGAAAAACUUUUAAAUGGGUGGUGAAUCAGGCCUUUAGACAGACCAGUUUAGUAGUGGGACUCUUUUAAUGCAGAGCCAUGUUGUUGUAGUAUGUGUAGAAUGUGGUUUGGCAUAGUCAUGCUUAAAUAUACAAGGUCUUCCCUGAAAAAGUCAUGAUCUGAAUGACCUUUAUCAUUGAUGAAGCCUUCCCAGGUGUGUAAAAAGCUCAUACCACAGGCAGUUUUACAUCUCCAUACCAUUAGGGAUGCUGGUUUUUGAACUCAAGGGCCCCUCUCCUCUACUAACCCAGAGGACAAGUUGCUCAGGAGACACUACUGGCAUUUGUGGAUCAUGUGUACAUACGGUUUACUCUUUGCAUGGUGCAGUUUUAACCUGUUUUGGGGACGCAGUGACUGUGGUCUGUUCAAGGGAUUUUGAGCUUAUGCAGUGAUAUCUAGUACAGAGUCAUGUCUGUUUUCAACACGGGAACAUUAUUAAGAAAUUGUUGAACUGGUUGCUCACGCAGUCUCUCACAGAGUGGUGAAACUCUAGCCCAGAUCGACUUCUGAGGGACUCAGCCCCUCUAAGAUGAGUCAUCCCUCUUUGGAUGAACCCUGUUGGUUAGAGUUGUUUCUCCAGGUUUUUGAACAUAACUUUUUCAGUGCUUUGUUGUCACUGUUCCAACUUUUUGAAAUUGGAUAUGAAAUGGCCUUAUAUUUUCCAUUUUUUAAAUAAAGCAAUUAAAAUGAUCUGUUUUGCAGUAGUUUCAGUGAAUUAUGGGAUUGAAUUGAUUUUGUAAACCAAACCAGAAACAAAUGCUGCUCUUAAAUGUAGUGAAUUUAAAAAAAUAAUGUUUUUUUGCUUCAUUUUACUUUCAGACUGCUUCUUGUAUCACAACAGAGUUGUAAAUCACUCUACCAGCAGCAGGACAGUCAGAACUGAAAAACAAAACUGAUAAAUAAAACUGAAAAUAAGAACUGGCUCGGUCAAAUGUGCAACAAAAACCAUAAACUUACAAUGGCUCCUUUUGCAUCAUGUGUAAAAAAAGGGAAGAUAAGCAGUAAUAAUGGUACAAACUUAUAAUCUCUCAGAACAUGUUUGUAAAUACAGCGAUCAAUUCACCUCUCACAUCUAUUGUUAUCUAAAUUAACGUGUAAAAAAUUAACUGCUGAAGGAGUGAAGGCAUUGGUCUGCAACAUUUCCCCUCUCACUUCCUGCUGACUCUACUCGCUUUGCGUUAAACAUUAAAGAUCAGUGAGUGUGUUCAGCACCGUCAGACAGCAUGGGACAUUCUGUCUUUUCUGUGGACUCAAAUCACAUCAAGUAUCUAAUCUUAAUCAGUCCUUUUGUCUUGAUGUUAUGUAACCUAACAACAAUAUUAACCUUGAUCCACCCACUGUUUACAGCUCAUGGCCCCCAAAGUCCAUGGGAGGGUUAAAGGUGUGACUGGCUUUAAGUUCUGCUAUUGUCCUUUAUUUCUAGACCAGUUCCUUGUCUGAAAGAGUUCCAACACCAGUACCUGGAGCCACCACUGAAGCAUCAGCCCACGAGCAGAGGAACAUGUGAGGCCAAAAAACACACAGUUUUACACAGACACGAUUUGAGUAUGCUGUUUAAACCCCCCUGUGCUGACCACACCAAAUGGCAAAGAAACAAAGGGCAUCAAAUCAAGGCAAUAGUCAAAUUGUUCAUCAAAACGGAAGUUCAGUCUACGUUUAGGGCUGUUAAAUCCUAGUCAACUGAUCGACUUAUUGGUCAACAUGUGCUGAGUCGGCCAAAAUUCUGAUUGGUCUAUUCAAUUUUUUUUCAGCGUCAAUUUACAGUCUAUGAUUAAUGUCAUCAUGAGGAACGUACCAAGUGCUAAUGGGGGGGUUUUCAGAGCAUCCCUGUUUCACAGGUAACAGCCUGUCUCAGAACACCCCCCUUGUUUUCACCAUUUUGGAUUCGACCAACCCACUGGAGACCGGCUGGAGACAGGAGGAUUGUAGAGCGUCCAUGUUAAUCAACGUCCGGGGGUUUGCUGAAUAUUUCUAUUUUAGCCUUUUGGGUUUAAUUGCCUUCUUAUGCUGAUAUCAGUAUGCCCCCCCCCCUUGGGUUAGUCGAUUUUUGCUUAAAAUUUUACGGUUUCGGUCGACCAAGAAUUUCUUUGGUUUAUUACAGCCCUAUCCACGUUUAGGCUAAAAGCCAAUCAUGGUUUAGGAUUUGGGGGUGUUUGAUAAAAGGGGAGCGGGACACCUCACCUCUGGUGCUGGGGCACCCCCAACUAUACCCUGAAUCCGCCCCUGGCACUCACGACACAGUCAAAACUGAUAAAUCUGAACUUGGAGAAGUUUGCUUAAGCACAGACUUUUUAUUGAAACAAAAGUGUUGUUCACAUUCACUACUAUGAGAUAUGUCACUUCUACAGCUUUGAUAUGAGAACCCUGAAUAUGUACUGUAGAUACAGAGCAGACUUGACUCCGUGUGGCUUCAGAUGUAGCUCCUGUCUGAUUUGAAGGUUUUUGCGAAUGUGUUUCAUUCACAUGCAUUAGUAUUAUACAUGUUACCUUCUUGUAACAAGGCCAUCUAACAACAGACAAAGAUGUAUGUUUUGAGCUUGUAAUAAAACCCUCAGGUUCAAACUGAGAAAAAUCUUGCAAAAAAACAAACUUCAAAGCAUAUGUACUUAAGAUGCAGUCAAAGUUUGUGCGCUGAGAGGUUCUUCACCACCUGAACUUUAGCAGUAAGCCAGUGAUUCUUGCCGUGUGAAUUCAUUCUGCAGCUCACUCUGCCUCUCUUUCCUUCUCUUUGAUUCAGGGUCAUCUGGGAGGAAACUUUAUUGGAUAGCCUGCUGAACUUUGCUGCAACCCCUAAAGGCCUGCUGCUGCUCCAGCAGACUGGAGCCAUCAAUGAGUGCGUCUCCUACAUGUUCUCCCGCUUCACUAAAAAACUGCAGGUAAAAGCAUCCUCUGUGCAAGACAAAGAUUAGACUUUGGCAGUGCCUCCAGUUUUAACCCUCUCUUGGUAUUAACAGGGUGCAAAUGUAUAUUAUGCUGCGUCAGGGGAUUCUAUGCAACAUUAAUCUGAGUUACAGUCAAACCUGAAACCACAGCAGGACUAAGAAAGAAGUCAGGCAUCACACACUGGCAGCUGCCAGUGUACAUAAGUAAAGUAAAUUUGAUUUUCACCGCACUUUUCACAAACAACUGCCACAAAGUGCUAUACAUAAAAUCAAAUAAUAAUAAAUGAAUAAAAAUCAUACAAAAGGCUUACUCAUAACUUAUGAGCCUGUCUGUAAAGAUAUGUUUUCAGCUGUACUUUAAAAGUCUCACAACAGAAUGCAGCGAUAGAGAAAGAGAGUUCAAGAGGUUUGAAGUUAUGGCCUCAAAGCUUGAUCAUAUUGAGUCUUAAAGACCCACUCUAAUGAAAAUAACGUUUUUCUUGUUGUCUACAUGUUCAUAUGGCAUUUUUCUGAUGGUACAGGACAUAUCAUGAGAAAAAUUAGUGAGAAUUUGCAUUUCUGAGUAUUUCUGCAUUUAACUCGCUGGGAAUCUCUGGCAGACCCAAACAGCAGGUUCAGAUACCGUGAGAUUUCCUACGUAGCAAAUCCAAGCUCCGCCCCCGGAGCCCCGCUAUGCAGGCCAGACUCGGAGAAAUACAGAGGACUAUCACGGAACAAGUGUGUGCGGUAGUGGAUUGCAAUACUUGUAAGAAAGCUAAUUAUGAUAUUAACUUUCAGCAUGUCCCUAAAGACAUUCAUGUCAAAGAGUUGAAUAGCUCCUUUGUUACCUGCUACUUCUACUACAAUGACAAUGUUAGGCUACAAGCUGAGUGAAGUUAGGCUACGUGAAGAGGAGUGUGCAGAGCAGCACUGUCACCGUCCACAACUCAGAGGCAAAUUGCUAAUGAGCUACUGGAGCGCUACAGAAGAAAAGUGCUUGGAAAUGACACAGGUAAUGCGAUUUUUGGCUAAAAGCCUAAUAAUUACAACUUACUUACACUUUAAGUAAUAAAAAAAAAAACGGAUUGGGACUUUAAGCUGUGUCUCUGUCAGGAGGAAGAGUCCUCUGAUAAAUACCAGAGAAAUACAGAUGAACCAUCCUUUGAUUUAUAUUUAACACACUCUGCAGACACAGAGGAGUUAAACGUAGCAAGCCUGACUUUGGAGGGAUGAAAGCUUUGAAUUACUAAACCUGUGUCUACUAUUGAAGAACUGUGAAUACAGGACUGUGCAGUCCUCUAUAGAACAGAGUGGAUUUCCUCUUUCUUGGGCCUUUUUAAUUCAGAUAACAGAAUAAACAGAUAACAGGUCGAGAAUUUCCAGAGAAAUUUGACAAAUUCAGUGAUGAGCUUCUUUCAUUUCUGGUGAAAAGAAGCAGAAACUCUUCCUGUUUUUACUUGUGAGAGACUCAGCCUCUCUGAAGAUGUUCCUCCAGGUGUUUUGAAGCUUAAAACAGCUUUUUUAGGGUUUUGGUGCCCCUGUUCUAUCUGUCCUGAAUAAUAAAAUGAGACUAUAUUUCACGUUUUUCAGUUUUAAGGUUAAACUUGGGUUGUAAUAGUAAUUUGUGAGUUCUUAAUCUCUGAAAAAUGAUAGUAACAGCAUAUCAGAAUCUGAAAAUCAUCUGCAUUCAUAUUUUGAAUUGAUGCCACUCCUGCAUCAGCUCAGUAUAUGCCUCGAUGAAUCAUGCAUGCACUCUUGCUUUUGUUUUCUACAAUAUCCUACCCUGCAUGAAAUAAUCCAUCAUUAACCCUUCAUUUACUCUCUUGGCCUCCAUCAGGCGUCUCCCUAAUACAUUCUGCAGAGAAUGUGAUUAUGUAGCUACAGUCCUAUUUCCUGGAGACUGUUUUGUAUUCACAGUCAGCCUGGAAGCUGUUACAUGCUGCUACCCCCACACUGGAUUUAAUUUAUUAAUCUCUGGACCACACAUAUGCCGUACAUACAGAAUAUUAUCUGGGAUUCAUAUUGCAGUCACACGCUUUCAGUCUUAGAGCAAACCUUAGCUAAUCCUCCCUGGACUUAAUUUACUGCCAUUGUUUACACACUGCUAUAAUUGCGUCUCUCAUUUAGUAUUUCACAUUAAUUAUUGAAUGUAAUUAUAUUUUGUUUAUUUUUAGCCAUGACAAUGUGUAGUAAUAAAUAGAGGGCCUCAGCAGGAGGAAAUCAAUUUGCUGUUUGAUUUCUUCUCAGUGCACUAACCACAUUGUGUCAGGCCUCGUCAGGAUUCUAGCAGCGUCACAGCAGAGUUUGCAGACUGAAUCACAAAUGCGCCACCUUCAAUCCUCCCAUUUUUAAAAUGAAGCAGGUGUUGCCUUUUUUUUUUUUUUUUUUACCAAUCCUCUGCUUCACUCUCUCUCCUUGGCCUUUCAAAUCAAGCCAGACAUCUGGGGAAUUAUGGCGUUUGUGUUUCCUGCAGGUGAGCCGCUGCGAGAAGUUUGGAUACGGUGUGAUGGUGACUCAGGUGGCUGCGACCGCUCCAGGGGUGGUGGCUCUGCACAGCUCAGGUAGGCUUGAACUAACUAACACAAAAACGCUCGACAGGUGUGAUGCUCCAGGGCUGCGAGGUUGUUUUUGCCCUGUUGGCGUAAAGCAAACUCCCGGUGACACUUUGUUGUUAAUGAUUAGAGGUCAUUGACUUGCAUGUAGAUGGCUGGAUGGAUCUCCACCUGCUCCUGUUGUUAAAAAAACAAAGCCAAGGAAGAACAUUUAUGAUUAUUACUUCAUGGAAAUGCACCGAGAUACUAAGGCCAAAUAACUACCGCAUCUGCAGAGCAAGAGGAUUAAUAUGAUGAUUACUACUUCGAGGAAAUUAUGCGCUGCACUUGUAGACUGCUGUGUAUUGCUAUUGUGCAGUCGUUACUAAAGUUGGUAUAACUAGAGAAGCAAGCAGUCGGCAACAUUCAUCUCUCAAGGGGGUGUCUAACUCUGUGUUAUGGGGCUCUAUUUUCGUGCAACGAAACAUAUAUGCAACUUUAUGUGAGUGUCUUUAUUUGUGGAAAAGGGUGUUUGUCUCACCAGUGGGUCCAACCUUACACUCACCAAAUCCCUCUGUACUUAUAUGAGAGAGUGUGGAGGACGCCCUCUGCAGCGUUUACAGUGACACUUGUUGAGGGGCUGCCUUCUGUCGCCAUCGUGUGGCAUUACUGUCUUCAGACAUCUCUUGAUCUCUUUGACUACUUCACAAAAACUGUAAUACGCCUCGCCGGUGGCGGAUUUAAAGGUGAGGAGAUGAGCUAAUUUGAUUGGCGAAAACAGGUCCCGGCUGUGUUAAACCCACUCCACGCCCUCUCUACGACUUAUGCCACUGGGAGGAGCUGAGUUAGGGAGGGGGGAAACUUACGUCGGGCUGCGCCGCUCACCAAUAUACCAAAAUGUGCUUGGGCAGCGAGGCGUGGUGGUGGACCUGACUUACACCGUGCCUACGCCACACCUUGCCUCCAGCGAUGAACGAAAAUAGAGCCCAUGGUGUGUUUGACCAUAACUUAAAUUUAUUCCGGAAUAUUCCUUUAAAUUACAGAAAAGUGGUUGUAUUAUCAUACUAAGGUCUACAUCCCCAGUGAAGUCCAAAAAUGCUUCUAUAUCGCAUAAAAUUUCAUGCAGUUUGAAGGAACUUCAUUUGUGGAGUACUUAAAGAAGUGUGAAUACAUUUUGGGAACACAACAUUUCUGCACAAUCUGUUCAAAGUACUAUCGAUUCAGAUGUGUGUCACUGAGGCCACACCUCUGCUAGACCAAACCACAAAGAACAGCAGAGAUUCUGACCUCUGUCUGAAGUGGAAACUCACAGUUUUGGAAAGUUUAAAGAGUGUUGUAUAUUUGUGAUGUCUCCUGUCACCCUCCUCGAAACUCACACAGCGCUGUGGGAAUCUCAUCUGUCAACCGAGCUGUUGUAGUUAGUGUCAAAUACCUGACUAAAAUUAAGCUCCUCAGCAAAAAGAACUCUUACACAUAAAUCAGCAUGAUCAGGAUUGAUGAUAAAGCCAAAACCUGUUAUAGUUUCCUUGCAGUGACUUGCUUGUAUUGACAGCUAGUAGUUGCAAGUCUUCUAGUAAACACCAUGUGAAUCUUUUUUUGACAUUUAUGGAGAAUUGGCACUGAAAGAAUGAAAAGUUAAUAAAUAUAAACAAAAUGGUGUAAGAUUGGGCCACGAUUUGUAAAAUCAAAAUGUACUGAGUCAGGGGUUCCAAGCCUCUUUGAAAACAUGUCAAACGGGUACUGUGAGGAUCUCUGAAGAAGUGCCAGAGGUUGUGAGCAGCAGAAUUAUCAUCCAGAGCUCUGCACCUUAAUGAGAAGACAGUUCAGACUUUAUUGCACUUUACUAAACUUCUGACCAGGGUGCGCCCAGAAAAGCAAGACAGAUGCCAAUUUAGCUAAUUUAGAUGAUGCUACUGUUAGCAGUCAGUAGGGGGAGCUCUUAUUGUUCUGACUUCACUGUUAUGGAGCUGUCUUGUUACCUGUUUUAUGUAGAAAUAGAGAAAACUGUACAGUCUAACAUUUAUAAUGUAAGUCAAUAGUAAGAAUGUGCUCCAACAACUGAGUUUAGCUAUUGCAAAUUCUGCAGCCUUACCCUGAUGUGAUUUAAUUUUCCUUGUUUUGUACAUUUAUUAUUGUGCACUUACACCCAAAGGAAAUGUCCUUGUAUGUGAAAAACCUUCUGAGCCAUCAAUUUGAUUCAUACUGCGAGCCGCCAUCAGUGAAGAAAUGUAAAUCAGAUCUUAAUAUAUGUCUCAGAGUCAUAUUUAUAUACCAUGUAGCGGUAGUAAAUCAUACCUGAAUGAAUUCUAGAUGUCAGCGGCACAUUAAUGUGAGAUGGAAAGGAGGCUUAUACAUUUGCAUGAGUGUGGAGACGUGCAUAGAAGCAUUCAAUUUGUGAGGGUGCAAGUGUGAAAUUAAAUUGUUGAUGUGGGACUUAGAAACUCUGAUGUAUUGAGCGAAGUGGUUUGGAUGUUGAUCAUACAGGGAGAUAUAUGACGCCUUCUCUGUUUUCUUGCAGAUGCAUAUCAAAAAGCAGCUAUCAGUUUGCAUGAUACACAUCAGCUUCUAAAUUCGUCAAAUCAUGCAUUUUAUAAUCUUUAAAGUGCUAAUUCAAACCUCCGGUCUGAUGUCCUGUUCCAGGUUUUGUCCGUGCGCUGGUGCUAGAGCUGUGGUCCGCUCUGGAGUGCGGCACUGAAGAUAUAAGGGUGGUCCGCCCCAAGCCAACGCCCAUGGACCCCAUAGACAGGAGCUGCCUCAAGGUAUUUAAGAGUAGACAUGGAAACAUGAGCCAUCAUUUUCAGUCUGAAAUUGAAGUAGACUUCUACAAAACUUCAAAUAAUCCACUAGGGCUGUUUUACAGUUUAUCGAGGGGGAUCGAAAACCUGUUUCAGAGAAUAUGCUCACAAAAAUAAAAAAACUUAAAAUAGCUCAAAUAUCAUCAUGUGGUUUUUCAAAUGCUGGGUGCUCCAUAUUUAUGCCUGACAAUUAUUCAGUUCUGUCUGCAGAACAUGCCGUUCCUGCUCCUCUCCCGGCUCUCCUGUGUAGAAGACAAAGGUCCAUAAUCUGUGACAUUCUCGUGCACCCAAACUUUGUUAUGCACAGAUCUGAGCUGAUGAAGAUGAAGUUUUUUGAAGUAUUUUUUGGGCGAAUUUGCCUUUUUUUAUUGAUAGUACAGAGUGAAAUGUGGGGAGAUGGGGGCAGCACAUGGUCGGGACUCAAACCCAUGACCGCUGCUGGGACCAUGGUCCCCAAACAUGGGGCGCGUGAACCCACUUGGUCAUCUGCGCGCCCCUGAAAGUGAGAGCUGUCUUAGGGGAAGCGUAAAGGUCUUGAUUAUCAUAUCGUGAUCAGUCUUAAUUGAAAUAGAGAGAAAGUUUCAGGAGUUCAUUUGUGAAAGAGCUUUUAUUGAUGCGCACAGUUAUUAGCUAAGAGUGAAGUUGAGAAUGAGCCCUACUGGCAGAGAACUAGCAGAAGUUUUGGCAGAAUCUUCCGGUUCAGUCCAGGACAGUAUGAAACCUUCAUUUGAAGCCUGAGAGUGUCUGCGUGUGUCUGAUUCUGGCCUCUGACAGGCGCCAAGUCUCCUCUCUCUGAGAAACUAUCCAAGUGAAUAUGAACAGUCGCUGAAGUGUGACCUGUGCCCUGCCACUGGUGACUGUAAAGCUCCCUUAUCAGAGGGUCAGCUGCCAGGUUACAUACUUAAAGUCAGAACCUUCAAGCCCAUCCCUGCCAGCCUGGCCCCAGAGCUGAGUUUGUGUUGAAGAGAUAAAACGUAAAGUCGGAAAUACCUGUGAUCACGUUUGGCGCCUUAAACAAACUCAACAUGCAGCGCAGAGAAUCAACUCUGCUGUAUGCAUGGAGGCGAGGUUAGGGGAUUUGUAUGCUGGAGUACAUCAGAAAAAAAAACACAGGCAGACAGAGAAUAAAACAUGUCAGAGUCUGUAAUAAACCUUUUGAAUGAUCAAACAAGCUGGAGCAGAUCAAAAGAGACAGACUUAGAAAAACACACCUUUAUAUAUUUCACAAUCAGCGCAGCAGUUCAAGGCUUUAUUCUUUCUUUUAAGCUGGUAAAUUGAAUUGAAAACUGACUUUUAAACUGACGUGAGUGUGUUCAUGUGCAUUCUUCAGGCUUGUCCUCUGAUUCCCUUGUAUUUCUCAGUUCUCUUCAAUUAAAUGAUGAAAGCGGGACGACUUUAUUGGUUUAUUGUUCUCAGGUUGUUUCUAUACUUGAAUGUUUGGACGUCCUUUCCCAAUGAAGGUGUUCAAUUGUGGACCAGUAUCUUUUUGCAGGAUGUUUUCGUCAGUAGGGACUCCAUAACCAAAAAUUUCACCUAGGGUUUGACAUGAUUUGUCUUUUUUACACCUCCUGUGUUUCCAGUCCUUCCUGUCCUUGGUCAACCUGCUCUCCUCCUCUCACUCGGUGUGGGAGCUGCUGGGCCGACAGCCGCUUGCCAACAAGAGUGAAUACACCCUGAGAGAGAUGCCAACUUCCAUCCCUGUGAGUGUUUUUCACCCACUGCUGUCCCCAGACACGCAGUACCUCUUUCAGCCACUUGAGGGCAUGUUUGCACUUUUUAUUUUGCUGUUUAACAUCCACCGCCCACUCAUUUGCUUUACCUCUCGGAAGCCUCCUCCUCCUCCUCUGUUUAAACUCCCCGUGCACUUAAGCUGAUGUACAUUUCUCACCCAACACACUGUAAAUACUCACACGCUUGUCUUUUCACACUUCAUCGGCGUUGUCGUUCUUUCAAAAAGCUCCUCUUUUACUCCACAGGAUUUGAUUGACAGGCUGAUCGCUGUGAAUUCAGAUGCAAAGAUUCAUUCCCUCUUCCACCACGAGCAGUCUCACACAUUCGGCCUGAGGUGAGAUUGGUAUUUUUUCUCCCAUGUUACUUGUCAUCAGCGGGGAGCACAUGGCGUGGGAUUAACACCUGGUGACCACAUACACACACACACGCACACAUUUAAGCUCCUGGCAGCAGCAGACUGACAUGGCUCUCCAUACUUUGAUUACCCUGCGCUGAAAAGCUGAUGAAAGGAUUUCUGUGGAUAAGACAGAGACAUGCUGGCCUGUGUGCAUAUAUGUGUGUGUAUGAGCAUGUGUGUGUGUAAGAGAGCAAGAGUAUUUCUGUAUUUAUGAAGAACUGACAUCAUAACAAGUGAGACGAGUAGCGAAGAGAUUGAAGAAACUCCUCCGAAGUGAAAAGCUUUCUUCAGUUUUCAGCUCAGGCUGAGGUAGAGUAGAGACUGCAGCGUAACUUAAACAGACUGAGGGCUUUUUACCGCUUCUGAAACAGAAUCAAUUCAAUACUGAUACUCUAUAUGACCUACAGAGGCACGCCAGACAGUCUGUGUGAAUUUAAAAAAGAGAUUUAUACUAUAUUAAGCAAAGCCCUCGUUUUAAUGACUUGACUUUAUCUAGUUAUUGAUGCUAGCUAGCGGGUGGGGUGGCCUCACCAGCUUUGCAACUGACCCUAUCUUUGCUGUCAGUUUCUCAUACAAUUAAAUAAAAUGUCUUAUUUUAAUGAAAUACACAGUAAGAUGUGGUUGAAAGCAGUUAAUGACAGCUACUGUAUUCAUAAUGGAUUAAAGUCCCAAUCUGUUAAUUUUUUUUUUACUACUUAAAGUGUUCUCAGUGGUCUUUAAAUUAUGAUUAUGAAGUUUUUAACAAAAAUCAUAUUACCUGUGUCAUUUCCAAGGACUUUUCUUCUGCAGAGCACCAGUUGCUCAUUAGCGAGUCAUCUCUGAGUCAUGGGCGGAGACAGCGCUUCUCUGCACACCCGUUAGCUGCACAAUCACGUUAGCUUACAGCCUAACAUUGCCGGUGUAGUAGAAGUGGCAGUUAACAUAGGAGCUAUUCAGCUCUUGGAUACUAAUGUCUUUAGGAACAUGAUGAACAUUAAUAUCAUAAUUAGCUUUCCUAUGAGUAUCCUGCCGUUUGGGUCUGCCAGAGAUUCACAGUGAUUUGAAUGAAGACAUACUCGGAAAAGCAAUUUCGAAUUUAGUCUUUUCGUAAUAUGUCCUGUAGCAUCAGAAAAAUGCUGUAUGAACAUGUAGACAACAAGAAAAACAUGAUUUUCGUCGGAGUGGGUCUUUAAUAAACUAAACCCUGAUGCAGGCAUUAAAAUAGAGAAUAGAACAAGUUUAGGCAGGACAUAACAUCAAGAUCAGCUGAAUCUUAACACCAGGUCAUGUCAGGUGACAGCUCAGUCAAUCCUCUUUUGUAAAUGCCAUAAUGGGUGCUCCAUUCAAACUGCUUUUGCCUGCCUGCUCUCGCUGCUUCCUCUGCCUCAGCUCUGACUAAGGUCUCUAUUUCCUGUGUUUCUUUGUCAUACGGUAAAGAUUUUAUUUUUUAUAGCUGAGGCAUUUUAAAGAUCGUCAUUAUUCAUUUUCCUGCACAUAAAUACAUAUUAACAUCACCGAGACAAGUGUCUCAAAGCUGCUUGAAACCCAACAUUGUAAAGCUGAGCUGAAAAAAAAGGUAAUAACUGUUCAUAUCUGUCUGGAAAAAGCUACACUGCUUAGCUGAGGGAUCAAGUUCAGUUUCUUGUUAAGAUUAUUGCGCUACUGUCACCAAAAGUGUGUUUAAGACGAUAUAAGUUAAUCCAUGCAAAUGAAUAUUUCCCUCCCUGCACAUUCAGGUGUGACUUGCUCGUGUUUGCAGCGUUCAGGCGGCUGCUGUGGAUUCCUUCACCUUCUCUGGGGUUUUUCUGAAUCACAAUAGCUCCAACUUGUUUGGAACUGUGCUGACUCACUCGCUCUGUCUGUGUCUGUCAGUCAGCCCACUUCCAUUAACAUCCAGAAGCAGAGUGAAAGGAACAAGAUGCUCUGUUCGUUUACCAUCCGGACUGGCGGAUUAACAGACAAAACCUCACUCUGUGCCGCUGUGUGUGUCGCUUAACACGCUCAAUGUAACAUUUUCCAGUUGAGAAGUUGCACUGUAUCAUGCACAUUUUGAGGUAACUUAUACUCCUAACAACCCGUAACCUCAGAAGUAAUCUCUUGCAUAAUUUCUCAGCCUUGAGCACGUCACUACUUUCACAGAUGACUUUCUGAUGAAGCCAACAGCCGAGCCCAAAACCUCUUACAUGAGUCCUUUUGAACACCGUAUCACUCACAAUACUCUGGUGCCUGUUUUUAUUCGAUUUUCUGAUUAUCCACAGCCUGAGGGGAUGUGGCAGUGCGGUAUAGUUAAGUAUAGUGCUUUAUUGAUCCCACAGGGGGAUAUUGCUUUCCGUAGAGCAGCUACUUCAUUCAAGGACAUUGGGCUCAUUAAUAAGGAAUGUGUCAAAAGGAAUGUAUGAAUUAAAAAGCACAAACGAGUAAGCACAGGGGAGAGCAGAAAUAGGUCAAGAUAGCAUUAGAGAUGAGAUUGUUUUUAUGUUGACAGUGUAAGAAUGUGUUAUGGAAGGGGAGCAGAUGUAGGCAGGUGGGGAGAAGAGAGCAGGGAGAGGAGCAGGAGGAGGAAAACAGGGGGAAGAGCAGGUGGAGAGAGGAGAGCAGGGAGGAAGAGGGGAGGAGAGCAGGGAUGAGGAGAGAGGAGAGCAGGGAGAGGAGCUGGAGGAGAGCAGGAGGAGGAGCAGGAGAAAAGAGCAGGGAAAGAAGAAGGAGGAGGAGGGGAGCAAGGAGAAGGCAGGAGAAAGAGAGAGGAGAGCAGGAGGAAGAGCAGGUGGAGAGAGAAGAGCAGGGAGAGGAGCAGGAGAAAAGAGAGGAGAGCAGGGGGAAGAGCAGGAGAAGAGAGGAAAGCAGGGUGAAGAGCAUGAGGAGGAGAUAGGAGAGCAGGGGGAAGAGCAGAUGGAAAGAGAAGAGCAGAGAGAAGAGCAGGAGGAAAGAGGAUAGCAAGAAGAGAAGAUGGAGGAGGAGGGGAGCAGGAAGGGGGCAGGAGGAAGAGAGAGGAGAGCAGGGGUAAGAGCAGGAGGAGGAGAGAGGAGAGCAGGUGGAAGAGCAGAUGAAGCAGGAGGACAGCAGGGAGAGGAUUAAGAGGAUGAGAGAAGAGAGCAGGGAGGGGAGCAGAAGGAGGCAGGAGAAUAGAGGAGAGCAGGGAGAGCAGCAGCAGGAGGAGAAGAGAAGGGGGCAGAAAGAGGAAUGAGGACAGAGGAGAGCAGGGAGAAGAGCAGGAGGAGGAGAGGAAAGCAGAGAGAGGAGCAGGAGGAGAGAGCAAUGUGUUAUUAAGUUUGGAAAAAAUUGUUACAGGAUAGUGGAGCAAACCUUCAAUGCCUCUUGACUCCAGAAAUAUGUUUUUCUCAUUCCACAGUUGGCUUCAUUGCAAUCCUAAAGUUGUGAUUCACCCAGUUUUGCUUUUUGUCCUUAAACAUACUUCCAACUUUAGCAGUUUUAUCUUUUAUCAAGCUUUUCCGAGAUCCCCUUUCUAAUUACCUCCCCUUUUUUACAAACUUUUUCUUCACUGUGCUUUUUUUAGAAAAAAAAGACAUUUUCUACCUUAAUUAAUUUUUGACUGUCUAAAAAAAUGAAACAGAUACUUUCGUAAGUAGUUCAAGGCAAACUCCUUCAUUAGUUGAAAAGUUAAAAACGUUUUUGCGUCACAGCCGGAUAAUUAAAAACAAAACUAUUGACUGCACCCUGAUCUGCACUCAGGGUCAAACAUUCACAGUCGAUACACAUUUGUGUUGUUAAAAAUCAUGCAGCUAUGAUGUUAAAGAACUCCAAUAAAACUGAGUGUUUUCACCCUCUGUGGGAAAUUUGUUCCCUUUGUUAAAAAAAAGCAUAAACCAGCUCAGGCAUCAGAAGCAGCUGCUUGUGUUUCAUCUUCGUCAGAUGUCAGGAGCUCAGAUCUCCCCUACGGUGUGUCAUUAUUUGCUUCAGCAUUUUCAUGCUACACAGGAUCGUUGGCAUCAUUCGGUCACAGGCAGUGUGAAAAAGUUAGAAGCGGUCCAAAGUGUGGCUAUAUUCAACCAAAGCUAAAGAUAGAAAUGAAGCAAAAUGCAAUUUAUUUUGCAAAAUACGGCUUGCAAGGGGGUGAACUCAACCCCCACGGCCAAACACAUCAGCAUUGUGCAUCAAUUCAAGCCUAAAUUUGGUACAUUUGACUGUCUGAGGCUUGAAACAACUCCCUCAACUUUGGCUGCUGCUCUCGCCGCUGCAGGGCUGCCAUACUCCUCUUCACCCAAAGCAGCCGAGGUGAGCACAGCCAGACUUUAGAGCAAGCCCUGUUAGUUAAAAACUAUAAUUGAAGUCAAUGUUUGGAUACAUGAUGAAACCAGCAGGAAAAAGCCACUGAGCUAACUAACCAAGGUGAUAUAUUGGAACGCUGUGAGGUGUUCAAGGUUGGCUGAGUAAAAACUUGCUAAGGAAAAAGUAACUAAGUAAAACUAGAGCAAUGCACAGGAAGACAAGUCGAACCAGGCCUGUGAAAACGUUCUGUCAUCUUGUCUUUCUACCUAACAACAGAAAAGACUUGGUAGUGGUAUCGAUAAGGACCUGUUUGUGUUUGUUCUAAAUACAUGUUAUAAAUGAGGGGAACCGGUUCUUUAGGUGACAUUCAAAGUUUCUUCAUGACCAUUAUAACUGGAUGGAUGAUAAUUGAUCAGCUGGAAUACAGAUUUUUCAUAUAAUUUGGUAUUUUUUUGCUGAAAUGCUUACAAAUUCAGUUAUGCUGACACCCUGGUGACUAAACUGAUGUUUUCACUGAUCAGCAAAAAAAAAAAACACCAAGACUGACUCUAAUCCUGUACUUGAGAUCUGGAUCAGGACACUCUUUUUUUUUUUUUUUUUCAAAAUAUGCAUCUCAGGUUUAAUCACCAGCACCGCUGUCAAGCAAACACACUCAGAGCAUUUCUGAAGUGCAGCCCUCUUGGUUUCAAAAAAAAAAGAGGAAGAAGCACGAAUUUCCAACCCGCUUGAUCUCCAGAAGCUAAUGAGAGCUAAAAUCCCUCAGCCCUUUUCCUCUCUGCUGAAAGCCUCUUUGUUGUCAUCGCAACCAGCACUCUUCCCUCUCUUUCUCUCUCCUGUCUGGAUUGUUCAGAUGCCUUUAUCCCCCUCCUGUUGACGGCUCCAAACAUGUCGAGUGUGUGCUGGUGCAAAACUUCACACAUGAUUUGAUUUGAUUUUUGUUUUUUUGUGUCAGCCGCAAAAUCUCCACUAAGUGCUGGAGACAUUAUUAUGAAUGCGGUCACUACCGCUUUCUAAAUAUACCAGCAAUCAGACAAGGACGGAAACACAUGCAACAAAUCUAGUUAUCACUGACAGCCUCUGUGCUCUGAAUGAGCUGAAGGCUGUCAUGGUUUUUACUGCAGCAGCAGUUUUGAGACAAUGACAAUAAUGUUGUCAUUGCCUGAGUGUGUAAAGGGUCUUAGUUUAAGAUGCAGAGCUGACAUAUGAAGACUGAAAGAGGUACAUAAAAGCAAGGGUAGGAACAGGAGCAGCCUCUCAGUACAAAUGCAGCUUUUUGUCAUACCCUCCUACAUCAGCCCACAUCACAUUUCAUGUCCAUAGCAUGUGAUGUAUUAGAUUUAUGCAUCUUACAAUUGAUUAACAGGUAAAUGACUGUUAAGAACCCACUCAAACGUAUAUUCUUAUUCAUCUUUCUAUCACGCAGAGAUAAAUAACACACAGUGUCAUAAUUUAUUCAGCUAUAAGGGUGCUUUUUUUAAGUUUAAAGCAUGUUCCGGCUCAAAUCAACUGUCCAGAGAUGCUCAGUGUGGAGCUGCAGCUGUGCACCAGGUCUCCACAAGCUCUUCUUUUGGGCAGCAAUACACAACACCUGCCACUCACUAUACUGACAUAAAAGUUGCACACUUCAGGACAUGCGGAGAAACUUUCUGACUGACACCCUGACUCAUAGAUUGUAUAUAGAAUGGACGCCAUCUGCCUCCUCGCUGGGUGAAGCCACCCUGAGAACAGCACCCUCUGGUGACGGGCUGCAGUAUAGGUCAUAAAUCUCUCCUCCUCCAGCAAUCCCUAUGGAGCUGUGGGAAAACUUGAGAAAUUUAUUACACAGAAUAUACAUUUUUCUCCCCCCUGCUUGCAAUGUUGACAUGUAGUUCCUGUAAGAUUGGUUUGUGCUCAAGUUCUGUUUUUUUCUCUGCAGCUCCAUUUUUAAGGUUCGUGUUUUCUAUGAUUGACACUUGAUACAGCCUAUGGGCAUAUGAAGAUUGUGUAGUUCACCCAGGGGAUACGCUGUUUGAGCAGAGUGUCAUUUCAGCGACUCUUGGCUACUCUCCCGCCGAAUGUAUACAAUUCUACUGCGCAAGUGGUGGAGUGCAUAAAAUGCAACUUAGCAAUGUUGGUUUCAGUGAGUGGAGAAAAAAUUGCAGGAAUACUGAGAGCUUUUCGGCUUCAAAUCCGUAUACUGGUGGAAGGUGGAACCAAGUUGUCCAUAAUGUAUGCAGUCUAUGCCCUGACCAUGUGGGCAUGCUUUUUUUUCCAAGAACACUUUUACUAGAAAAAGGUAAUGAAAGUUAACAGUGACAUCAGCCAUGUGAGGGUUGAUGCCAUUCAUGUCAAAAUGUCGCUUUCCAUUAUGUUGCUGGGAAAAAUGUAUGAUUUAGGGAAGAAAUGCCCAUGGUACUGCGCUAUUGUAGAAAAACAUAGUUUUUUGGUAUGGGUUAUUCUGCUGUUUGACAAUCUGCAAUGUGCUAAUACAUGCAAUGCAAUUUUAUAAACAGAUUCACAAGUUUUUUAAAAAAGAACUGGAAACAUGCUAUAGGUGUUAUAACAUGCAGGUAACCCCUGCACAAACAGCAAAUCUCCUGCAAAUACACAAAUGACGCAAAGUUAAUCAUUUAGGAUUAGAGUGUUAAAGUCGUGUUUUCAGAGGUGUCGCAACUCGUGCAUGUGUACAUUCUAUGGUCAUAUCACAGAUAGAUACACAUGUUUCCUGCAUAUGAUGAGGGAAUGCGCAUGACUUCAGAUCAACAUGUAUCGUAGAUUAUGCUGCAUUCCAGUUACCUCAGAAGUCAGAUGUUGGAGCCGGGAAUGACGUUACACCCGAGUUGGUGGCGUUCCAGUAAACAAGUCGGAAAACCAAGAUGGACGCCUACUGUUAGUCGUUGUUAGCUGUUGUUCACAGUUGUCAGCGGUCGUUAGCCGUUGUCAGUUGCUGUUAGCCGUUGUUGGUUGUUGUUAGCUGUUGCUCACAAUUGUCAGCGGUCGUUAGCUGUUGCCAGUUGUUGUUAGCCGUUGUUAGUUGUUGUUAGCUGUUGUUAGGGGUUGUCAGUUGUUGUUAGCGGUUGUCAGCUGUUAGUUGUUGUUAGCUAUACCAGUUAUAAACAACACAUAACACAGUAUUUUACUCUUACAAACACCAUAGCACUGUGUUCACAGUUAGAUGUCGGGCAGUACAACAUAUACCACUUAUUUAACUUCACAAAAACUAAUCAAUAAUAAAUUACAAGAGCUUUCACUGUUACUCUUAACUGUUGAUGCACUGCGCUGCCAUCUUGGAUUUUGAUGUUGUCGUCAAGUCAGGGUUGGUGAGGAUCGUCUGACUUUCCGACUUCAGGGGGGCGUUCCAGAUUAAAUUUCUAACUCGGAGCUCAGAAAUCCUGACUUCCGAGUACAACUGGAACACAGCAUAAAUCUUAGAUGGUGAGAAAGUGGAGACGGCUGAUGUCUCCACUCUGAUGUGACUACUGCACUUGUACACUUUGCAGUUGUGGUGUUCAGAUGCUCUAUCGUCUAGCCUGAAUGUGUGUUUCUUUUUUAAAUGUUGCAGUUUAUUAGCAGAGCACCUUAACCGUCUUCUGUUCAUAAAAAGCCAUCAGUAUAAAUUCAGUCUGUUUUUAAAACACACAAAGGCUCCUCAUUGGAGGUUUAAUGCUCUCGGUGUUCUGCAGCAUUAGUAAUGCCAGUUUAAGAGACUCCUCACAGAAUAGGAAAAUUUCAUGGUGUUGUUAAGAGCUCAAGUUAAGCUUCUGAUAAAUGUUAAUAAAUGCUAAUAAAUGCUAUACCUGUGGUCUUUUUAUUGCCUUCUGGCUGGUAUUUAAAGCAGAGAAGUGUACUGUCUCCAUUUAUAUAGUAAAAGCUGAUCUUGCAGUUACUCAUCAGUAGUCUUCAGCACCGCUUCAAAACUUACUGGAUGGUAUAUCUUCCCUAUCUCCACACUUCCAGUGGUUUUCUUUGCAUUUUUGCUCUGUUUAAUGAUUUUAUGAUUGAUUUAAGCAGGCCCUCUUGACUCUCAGAGAUACAAGCCUCCCGAAUGGCGCUUACAUAAAGAUGACCAUUUUGCAUCUUGCCUAAAGCAUGACUAAUCAAUCAGGAGCAUGAUCAUUACCCAGACUGGCAGGGAGAUUGCUGCUCCAGAUUGGUUUGUACUCGUGUCGUCUGAUGCAUGUGGCUGCGUCAUUGAUGGAGUAAUCAUUCAUCAUGAACGGGCGUUUCGACGCACGUCUUUCACUUGGAGAUAAAGUGAGAUGUAGUCCUUGUCAGAAUGAAUGACAGCAACUUUAAUUCUCAGGUGAGAUGACUGAAGAGUUUUAAACAAUCUUCCACAUCCAGCCACUGUGUUUUUCACUUGUGUGGAAGAUUAUUAUAUGAUAUUCAUCGAAACAGGAAGUAAUGUGGAUGAAUCAGGCUUGCUGUGGUCAGUUCAUCCUUGCUCUUUUUUCGUUGUUGUUGAAAAGCAGUUAAUGCCAAAUUAGCAGCACUCCCCACUGCCCUGCUUUGUGUUGUUAAUUAGCCUUCAUUCAUUAUCUACAUCUGGGUCUUUGGCAUCCUGUAGCGCUAAAUGUGCAUUUUUAAUUCUGCAAAGUCAUUUAAAUACUCGCGUACAAUUAAUAAACCUGCUGACUGCUUACUUUGGUGAAAGAAAUGUUUAAAAAAAAAAAGUCAGCAGGAGAACCUCUGAUCUCUUAUCAAAAGUGAAGCAGAAAUUAUCUCUAAUACUUCAAUUAAAAUGAGUCUUUUCAGCCAAUUUUGCUGAAAGUGCUGGACCUUGAAUACAGCAGUCAGCAGAGAUAAGAUAAAUUAAGAUUGUUGGUGUGUUACAGCAGCUUAAGGACAGAUAUAAAGAUGACUUAAAAGUGAGCUAGAAGGAUAAAUUAUAAGAUAAACUUAGAAUAAAGGAGGAACUUUUAAACAGUAAGUGCAUGUAACUUAGUGUCAUUUGAAUUUAAAGCUUAAUGGUUACCAGGCAAUCCCCUUUGCAGGUUUACACUGACAUAACUGUGCUGGUUUCUCCACAACACGAUGGGUUAAUGCCAUCUGCCCUCUGUGAUCAGGGUGGUAGAGUGUUUCAGCAGCAUGGCAGUGGACAUUAACCACAGCUUUGGCCUUUGUUAGUGGAUGCUUGCUGUGCUAUGGCAGGAAUUUCACACAUACAACGAUGAAAAUACUAUUAUUGUGGUAGUUAUUAGCAGGGGUCAUGACAUUUCAUCAAUCAGAUGGCUUAACACCAUCAAAAACAAAAAAUAUCAUUCAGUCAUAGCAGCAACAAAGACUGAGUAAUCACUCUGUAUGUUUUUGUAAUCGUUCAUCAUUUAUACCUCAGGUUUUUUUAUUUUUUUUAGUGCUCUUCAAAAAUUUCGUGUUUCUGUUUAAAGAGGGCUUUUUUGUAGGACUUUUUCAAUGCUGGACAUGAGAAGAAGAAGAACUUUAUUGAUCCCUGAAGGGAAAUUCAAUAGUUCACAGUAUUUGCAACUUAGGCGGCUGAAGAGUCUUUGAAGCUGUUAUUUUCACACACAAAAAAAGAAAUGUUCUUAUGCUAAAGUUGAAAGAUACUUUCUUUUUUUUUUGGCAAAUUUGUGAAAUAAAAUUUGUAUCAAAUUUGGUAUUGUAAUGAAAGCCUGAAUGAUGUAAAUGCAGGAUUUGCAAUUAUACAUAAACACAAGAAUAAUAUGGGUCCCUGGACCAGAUGGGUGCAUUAAUUACUAAAAACAAAAAACAAAACACUAAAUAAAGAUCCUACUACAGUUUAUAAUUAUAGAAGUAUACAUCUAGAUUGGCUGAUGGGCUAUUGGCAUCACUGUUAGUCUUAAUCAAAUCAAUAACCCUGUUAGAAAUGACAGAGCAACUUGAUAAAUGAUAUAAAUAUGGAUACAGGCUGAUAUAAGACUUAUUUGGGGGAAAAUAAACUCAGUGAAACUGACAUUUCUAUAAGCUGGAAGUUAAUUGAUCAAACAAUUAUUAUAGUAAAUAGUUUGCAGAUGACUUGAUGUUGAAAAUAAGUAUUAGUAUGUUUGCACUUCAGGUAAAAAGAACAGUAAAGCAGUGGUUUGAGAAAGUUGCUGCUCUGGACAUGUUGACCUCUGAUUGUACAGUCAGUCUUCACUGCAGCUGAUAGAAACAGCCCAUCAAGGAUACAAACCAGAAGGUUAGGGGGAAAGGAUUCCCUGCUGCUUUGUCUCAAACAGAGCCGGGUCAGAGGGCCUGACAGACUCUCAGCCUCUUGCUGUGCUGCUGACAGGCCGAGUGAGUACAGCUGUCAGUCAAACACAAACCCGAGCUCCUGCCUGGCAACGUCAGGAAAUGAGGCAGCUGUGGAAAAAAAGAGAGAGAUGUGUUUUACAAGGACAGACACAUCACACAACAUGCCGAGUUUAACAUCGCAUCUUACGUAAGCACAAGGACACAUGCUAUUAGAGAGUGAAGUGACAUUUGGUGAAAAACAGGAAAGAGUUGUUUUUAAACACCUUUAAACAUGUUAAAAUAACCCUGACGUUCCUGUUUGCUCUAAAAACUUCAUUUAAAAAAUGGUGAGAGGCUCGUUAUUGUGAUAGUGAGGACAGAUAUCAAGCUUAACACCAUGAAAAAAACAUCAAAAAUUACAGCAAUGAUAUACUCUAGUACUAAACUAUUUAAUGUACAUGCACAGUUAACCCCCAAUUUCCACCGCAUCCAAAACGGCUACAGAGAGGCCAUAUCCGCCAAUUGUAACUGAUUGUAACCAAUUAAGUUAAUGUGUCAAUUUCCGCUGGCCUCUUUCCGUUCUGCUGCGGAUCACUGGACUCCGCAGCUGACCGCAAGAGUUCUAUUUUAAAAUUAAAAUAAAUUCAGCAUAGAUUAACUCAUGCUGGAAAGGAAGUCGGGCACAGAAACAAAAUAAAACAUCCAGCUUCUUUUCAAAAUAAAACACUCUGUGUUUCAGGCGGAUCGUAUUUCACACCAUGCAAACGGGCAGCGACGAACAAGUGAAAGGUUUAUAGACAGCAUUUCACCCUGUUUACACCAUGGAUGAGAGGAUGCUGAUUUUGUAAGUCUAGAAGUGGAUUUCCACCUCUGGAGGACACAAUCCACUACUUAUAUGGUUAGCCUAUGUGGCUAAUGACAACUUUUUAUUGCGGGAUUGCACGUGAAUCUGCGGGUUCUUCUAAAUUCCCACGAUUCCUGCUGUCCGUAAUCUGCCACAAAAUUCGCCUUACAAAUGGAUCCGGUAGGAAUUGGCGUACGGCAAAAAUCACCACCGUUCCGAAUGCAGUGGAAAUCCCGGGUAAGACGCGCUAUGGUUUUUGCUUGGUUAGGUUAUUUAAUUUGAUUACGGCCCUUUUCCCAGUUUACAAGAAUCAGUUUCUUGAAGGAUAUGUGCCUCAGUACCUUGUUCAGCUUUCAGUUACUACUGGGCUGUUUCCCAGUUGGCCUACAUACCAAAACAAUCAACAAACACAUGAGCAAGAGGCGAACAGAUUGUAAAUGGAACAAUGUAAACACCACCCAGCUUCUUGGAAACACAUUAAUGCCAUUCAACUUCCUUGGUAGAAGUGCCCUCCAUGUACCCUGAUGUCACAUAUUUAGAUUGAAGUAAGUACAAGUUUCCUCUAUCCCAGCAGUAGACUACAUAAAACACACCAACAGUGCCAAUUCAAACAGGAAUACAGUAUAUUGAAGUGAAAUAUAGCAAAAAAACAAAACAAAAAAAAAAACAGGAAGAACUAAAAGCAUGACAAAUAUCAGCUUGAUGAGGAAAUCUCUCCUCCAGAGCUAAACGUAAUCUGGAUUACUUACACCCUCAAGAAUAUAAUGAAAAACAACAACAACAAAAAAAAAAAACCCUGUACUGUAAGCCCAGCAUCAUGAAUCCUAUUGUACGGGUGUAUCAUUACAUCCCUGGUAAACAGCUACUGUGGCAUGUUCAAUUUUUCAUCUUGUUAGUUUAAUCUGUUCUUCUGGCGAGAAAGGCUCUAAUCUUCAGAAAUGUAUAAUUAUUCUUCUAAAUUCUGGUUCUGUAGUGAUGAAAAGCCUUAACACAGAAGGCGUAUUUUCAAAUAUUUAAACUCACAUGCCUUUUUUGUUGUGUUUGUUUGUUUUUUAGUAAAGCUUAAGAAAGACAGAAAAUGAAGAGAGUGGAGUAUGACGUACACUUAGUAUUGCCAGAAUGGGGAAUAGAACCUAUAAGACCAGUGUGGUAAGGAUUUGAGUUUCUAUACAUUUGGCGCCUGAUCAGCAUCUCAUGAAAAGAAAUAUCCUAUUGGUUUCACCACUAACUUCAUGAAAUUACCUCUUUAUGGAUAUUUGAUGUUUUUAAAAGAGCACCCUCUAAAUGAAUUGCAGGGGCAGAGUGCAGGAAAGUAGAUACUAAACAUUAACCAGAUUGUUGUAGCCAGUGCUGCACUCAGGUUUCGCACAUACAGGAUCUAUCUAAUGGCCACUCAGACGACGUUAAUGUUUGAGAACGUGCGCACAAUAACUGGCAGAUCAUUUUCCUGCACUUAAGAGCUCUCUAGCUUCUUGCAAGAGGUAAUACAGGCAACUCAGAAUGUUUCGAAAGGCAUUAAAAGACAACAGGAAAGGUGGAAAAAAGCUGUUAUCAAGCAGUUGCAGAACCUUCUAGAAAGCUGAUUGCACAGUCUGUACAUUGACUCAUAUUAAAGGUAUAUUGAAUAUACCAAAUCUGGUAAUUUAACAUCUAAAAGUAUUCCCCCCAAUACUCUACUAAUAGGCUGUAAGAACCACCUUUUACAUUGGAUCAAAAACUAAGACCUACAGCUCACUUGAAAAGCAUUAAGAAUAAGAUUAAGAAGAACUGUAUUAAUCCCCGAAGGGAAAUUCAAUUGUCUGUUGUCUCAUUUGUCAUGUCUCUAAAGGUCAUCUACUAUUUACAGAAGAGUUGUACAGUCUGAUGGCUGUGGGUACAAAAGUUCUUCUGAAUCUUUCUGUCUUGCAGCAAAGAGAGAGUCGUCCACCACCAUUGGCCCUUUGGUCCAUUAAGGAGUUAUAAAGUGGGUGAUCCAUGUUCUUGAGAAUAGUCUCCACCUUCCUCAGUGUAGAUCUCUCCACCACAUCCUCCACUGAGUCCAACUUUAAUCCAACCACAGAGCCAGCUUUUUUCACCAGUUUGUUGUAAGUCGGGAUAAAUGCAGAGCUGUUCUAGAAUUUUAUCUGUUAUUUGAAUUUCAGAUCUUGUUUUAAAAACAUACUAAAAAUACUUUAAAUGUAAUAAAAUUAAUAAAAACUCCAAACUGAGAGGGACAUAGCUGCAAAGGUGGUUGAUUAUUUUAUCUGUUAAAUACAAAAUAAAUAAAUAAAUAAAAAGGUUGCCGCUUCAUACAACUAUAGACCGUGCCUUAAAACUCUCCUGGCCCAGGUCUCAUUUGGCAAACGCACAACAAUUUUUCUUUAUUAAAAUGUAUGCCUCUUCCAGUGCUUUUCUGUCGCAAGAUGUCCCCCAGGGUUCAAUGCUUGGUUCACUUCCUUUUUAUUCUCUACAUGCUUCCUCUUGGUGAUAUAAUAUGCAAUAUGCAAUCACAGUCUGCUUUUCCACUGCGAAAACAACAACAUCCACAUAUUCAUCUCAGCCAGUUUCAUCCCCACAUUCACAAACUGCCUUGCCAAAAUAAAACCAUGGAUGCAAGCCAGGUUCCUCUGACUGACUGAGAUAAAGAAGUUUUGAUGAAGUAAAAAAAAGUCACUGGUGCUUGAUCAAAAGAUUUUUCAAAGCCCUUUCUCUCUACAGGUGUUGGAUCAUACAAAUUUCAGAGUCUCAUGCGCUCCUGAGCCUAACAGGCUGCAUGAUCCUGGUGUCAUUACCAGCUAUUGAAAAUGAAGCAUGAAGCCUCUCUCGAGGCCUCCUACUUAACCAAGCUUACAACUGGCAGCAGAGAGCUGCUGGGGAAACACUCUGUUGACUGAUCCAGCAAUUCAAAUGGGGACUUUGUCUUUGUCUGCAGGUUGCACCCCGCUGUGCUGUGUCAUUCAAGUCUGAACUGCUGGAUGCUGAUGUUGUGAUUCUGUAUCUGAAAAUGCCAGUCCUCUCUGCAUGUUGACGUGUUGUUUGUGUGUUUUUGCAGACUGCUCAGCGUGCUCUGCUGUAAUCUGGACUCGUUCCUGCUGCUGGAGAGCCAGUACAACAUCUGCUCCAUGCUGCUGCAGAGUCAGGGGGAGGAUGUCACUGAGCCGGGCUCCAACGGAGGGUAAGAAACACAUUUAAGAAAUAAAAAAAUAAAAAAAGUCUUUUGUUGUGAUUUUCUUUCUUGUAUAAUUUGUGGCUAUGGGGAUUUUGUGUUGACUUUCUCUCAUCCUUUUGUGUCUCAACAAACGGUAAAUGUUUUAAUCAUUAGAGCAUAGUUUUCUUUGUGGCCGUGCUGGACUUUUUUCACCUAGAAUAUCACCUUCGUCAGUUUUUGAUACUUGUUUUACCAUCAUGACAGUCAUUUAUAAUUUGAAUUAAUUGAAAUUGUUGCCACUGGGAAAUCUUUUUGUACUUGUAUGAUGCCCGAAGGGUGCCUGAUAAUUGCCUUCCUAAUUUGCAAAGAAAAAUAAAUCAGAUUUUUAUCAAAGCUUUGCCAGAGAUAUAAGAUAAGAGGUUUCUAACUAGUUAGAUUUCAGUUUUUCAUUCUCUGUCUCAGUAACAGAGUUAUUAAGCUGAAUCAUAAUUAGAAGCAUAAUGAAUUUAACUUUUUAAAACAAAUGGCUGCUUUUCUUUUGAUCUGUUCAUGGGAUUAAAGAGAAAAAAGAAAACUAUGACCAUUUCUCAGCAAAAACAUUUGAUUUAUUGUCAUAAAUUUGUAUAAUAUUCAAACUUUCAGUGCUUUGAAAUGUUCAGAGAAAUACUUCAGUGUGCUGAGAUUCAUUUUUCUUUCUUGUUAGAACAAAAAGAAAGAAAAAUGGUCAGAUCAUAUCUGUGGAGCUUGUUAACUUUGUUUCAAAACUCAGAGUAAGAGCAGACAGUGCGUCUGGAUAUAAAACCUCUUUAAUGAAAGAGUUUCACCUGAAUCUUUAUUCUCUUACAGCAACAAAGGCUUCUCUUUCUUUCUUUCUUUCUUUCUUUCUUUCUUUCUUUCUUUCUUUCUUUUAUCUUGCCUUCCUUCAUUGCCUCCUUCCUUUAUUUAUCCUGCCCUUCUUUCUUGCCUCCUUCCUUCUAUCAUCCUGCCUUCCUUCUUUGCCCAGUUCCUACCCUUUUUCAUCCUACCUUCUCUUUCCCCCUUCUUUUCUUCCUAACCUUCUUCCAUUCUUUUCAUUUUUCCCUCUUUCCCUCAUCUUCCCUUUUUACCAUCCUUUCUUCUUACUUUCCUUUCCUCAUUCCCCCUUCUUACCCUUCUUUUUUCAUCCUUUCCUCCUACCGUCCUUUCCCUUACCUAAAUUUACCUCACUUUUCCCAUUCUUUUUUCUUUCCUUCACACAUCCUUUCUUACGUCCUUCUGUACUCCAUUCUACUGUCUUUCCCCCUUCUGUUCCUUCUUUCUAUCUUUUCUCUUUCUUUCUAAAAAGUAGGAUCAUAUUUUGCUUUGUUGAGAAAGGAUGUUUUGAGCCAGGGUGGAAAUGUAGGCGAUGAAGGUGGGAAUGUCAUGAACUGGACCUCUGUACAUGUGGUGGUCUUUCUCUGUCAGCUUAGCUUCCCUGGAUCCCCAUCAGGACCGCAGUUAAUGUUAUGUCAUAGAUGCUCCAGUACCUGGACUUUGCCUGUAAAGGUUUUUGUGAAGAACGGUUUAAUACAGCCCGAGCUAAGCUGAACUGUAGGAUGUCUCUUUUACACAUUUAGACGUUUCAGUAGCUCCCACAUCGAGCACGCUCAACAUGCACACAGUCAUAUUCUCUCUCUCUGUGUUCAGCAGAGGCUUUUUGCUCCUCUCUACAUCAUCCUGAUAUGACAGAACACUUUCAAAUUUAAUCAUUGCUCAGGAUGAGAAAUUGUUUGUUUGUUUUCAUUGUCACAAAUAAAAUGGAAUAAAGCGGAAAGCGAGUGAAAGGCCAUUUCUGAAAGUGGGUAUUGAAAAGCCCCUCUCUCCUGGUAAUGGCUGGCAGAGCUGCGGCUGUCGGUUAUGAAUGAAAAUGGCCCUGAAAUGCCAACUCACAUUGCAUUUUUGGAGAAUGACGACUUGUUAAUUUAUUCUCCCAUCUCCCACUCUUGCCCUCCCUUCUCCUCAUGCCCUUAUUAUCACCGCAGACAUCACAGGCUCAUUUUUUCUUUUGACAAUCCUUCCUUCCUCUGCUCUAUGUUUUUCAGGCUUUACAUUCUGACAUCUGGCUUUUUCAUCAUUUAUUUUCCAUUUUCUCCUUUUUUUUUACACCUUUUCUUCUCUGGCCCUUUGAAAAAAAUCAAUGCAACCCCAAAAUAUAAAAAGUACUUUGUGAGGGGAAUCACCUCGUUUUAUUUGACCUCUGCGGUUUGAGCUUUCAUUCAGGAAACUCAUUCUGUUUUAGUCACAAAGUCAUAAAUGCAAAUUACAUUUGGUGCCAAAUAAAAAACCUUGGAAAGAGCACUAUUAAAAAAGUAGUCACCUUUAUCACAAAAUUAAAGUCAAAAUGUCUUUAUACAUAAGAGCAGUCCAUUAAGGCUGGCACCCUCAAACCCUGAAGUGUGUUAAUAGUCAGAGGACUCUGAGUUUAUCAAAAUCUGACAUGACAAUAAUUUUUUCUGUCUUUGCACAGCCUUCAAACUCUGUACAGAGUGUUUUUGAAAACUUGUAAGGUUUGAUGGAUUAAUGAACUCGGGGUCUUCUUUAAUUUUGCUGGAAAAACUUGGAUGUUACUGAGGUCGAACUGAAAAAAAAACACGUUGAAAUUUCAUUUACAUAUUUUCCACCUCUAAAUUAAGUGACGCUCGAGAGCUAGUCCAGACAGGCAACUCAUUUCUCACCUAAUAUCGGUCAUCCUCACAAUCUUCUCACAAACAUUUCCCAAUUUGGCAAACCUUUCAGGCUCCGUUCUACCUCUGUCAUCGCCCCCAAACCACCCGAACAUCCACCAUCAAGCUCUGACUAAGAUGUUUUCUCAUCUCUGUCUUUAGUUUCUGCAUGAAUAAAUCUGCAGGGAGUUAUUGGGUCAGACCCAGAUUCCAGACAAAAACAGUUUAAACCUGAAAUGUCAUGUGUAUCAUCCAUGGUGACCCAUAUUAAAGAUCCACUGAUGAAAAUCAUGUUUUUCUUGUUGUCUCCAUGUUCAUAUAACAUUUUUCUGAUGUUACAGAACAUGAGAAAAAUAAGUGCGAAAUUGCAUUUUUGAGUAUUUCUGCGUUCAGAUCACUGUGAAUCUCUGGCAGACCCAAACGGCAGGUUCAGAAACAGUGCUUUCACUGUGUCCCUAAAGACAUUAGUGUCCGAGAGCUGAAUAGCUCCUAUGUUACCUGCUUCUUCCACCAGCAAUGUUAGGCUGAUAAUGCGAUAAUGGUGUGCAGAGCAACACUGUCUCUGCCCACGACUCAGAGACAAAUUGCUAUUGAGCUACUGGAGCUCUGCAGGAGAAAAGCCUGUGAAAAUGACACAGGUAGUGCGAUUUUGGCUAAAAACUUCAUAAUCACAAUUUAUAGACCACUGAGAACACUUUAAAUAUUAAAAAAUAAAGGAUCGGAGUGGGACUUUUAAGAUAUAACAAACAGUUUAUAUGCUGUGAUAAAAAAGAAGAGAAGUAAACUCCAGAUAAAAACAAGAGCUGCUUUAAAAAGAGUCAUGUGUAAGGAGAGUCCGUAUUUUACCAAGCAGCAGCCUUCAGUCUGUAGGAGAGCAGCUAGAGCAGUAAUGCUAAAAAGUGCAGUUCCUUGAGUGUCCACUUGAGGCCAGCUGCAAAAGCACCAGAAGCCACAUACACACCCACUCUAAAAGGCCCGCUUAAAAUAAACAUGAUUGCAUCCCAGUUCAAGAAACAAUUUUGGUCCGCAUAUUUCCUUUUUAGUUGCCUAGAUGCUGACACACUAAAGGCUUAAAACUCACCCAAUGCAAGGUUAGGUUGAGCAGCAUUUCCAACAUGGUGAUGUUUGUAUAGAUUUGCCCAAAAACUUAUUGUUGAGGUUAAGUCACCUGCACAGAUCCCAUGCUGUCAUACACAAAAGCAGCAACGUAACUUUGGACAUUGAAGCCUGAGACCCUUGUGGACUAUUUUUGCCCAAUCUCAUCUCUUUUCUGUUUAACCUUCUCAGGAAGUUCAUCAUAGACAGCCUGUCUUUGGAGAGGAACCACGUGUUGGUCCGUGUCGGUGUGGUUGGAGGUCCGUCUGAGAGGAAACUUCCUCCUAGAGCACUACAAGAGGUCAGAUGAGCUCUAAUGCUUAUUUCACCUUGAUUCGAAGGGGUGCAGUCUCCUCCUUGAAUACAUCAGCUGAUCACGUCAGCCCAUAUCAGCUGACAGCUUGGCCAAUUGUCCUCUACCCAUCUAGCAGGCAAAUGUCAAGACAGGUUGUGUGUUCGAACUGCUUCAGACUCCCUACUCUUGCUGCUGCUCUACAGACUGUUCUCCCCUAAAGCCUUUCAAUUUAUGUGCAUGAAAAAGAGAGCUGUAACAACAGAGUCAUGCUGCCAAUCACUCUGUAAUUGAUCACAUGCAAAUAAGAAUUUCUCUCCAACAAUUUUAGUAAUCCUAAAAUAUACUUUUCUUAAUUUCUAAUAUUACUAAAAUGUCAGUCAAGUUCAUUAAAAGAUUGCACAGGUUGAGUCUUCACUGUUUCAGCCUCACACUUCCAGUCUAUCUGGUUCUGUUAUCAGUUCAUGCUGCGGGUAAUUUAUGCACCCGUGUCUGAAGCCCACGGCCUCAUUCACUCAGCAUGUUUUGGAUAGAUUACAAUUAUGUAGGUGUUGUUUACUGAAUGAAAAACAAGAAACUCAUUUACUCUGAGGUCAAGGGAAGGAGAAGAAGGAGGUUUCUAAAAGUGGAAGUGUAAAUGAGUUCAGCGAGGGUUUCUUCAUGUUGCAACAGACUCUUUGUUUUAUCUCUAAUUUGAUUUUUAUGCAAGACAAGGACAAAAAAAAGCAGUUUACUGUGUUACAGAUCACAAGACUGUAAAACUAAAAGCCACUUUCCUUGUAAGAAAUGAGUGAGACAAGAGGAUCAUCAUUUUACCAAAAUGCAAUUUUAAACUAUGGAUUAACGACUUUUCAAAAUGUUUAAUAGAAAUAUACUGUUUACAAAAAGGCCCUUAUUUUUCCUGUUUUAGCUUUCAACAAGAAUAUGCAAAGACAUCUCCCCAGACUCUGUCAUAUUUUUGUAAAAUCUAUUUCAUAUGCACAAAAAAAGGUCAUUCAGUGGGAGGCAUGAUGAUCAAAACUGUCACACAGUCACUUUGUUCCCGUGUGCAGAGCUGCAGGUACCACCGAGCACAACACAGUCCUGUUCCUGAUCAGAUCUCUAAGACUCGUGGGGUUUAGAGGACAUCAAAAAGAGUCAAAGUUAAUUGACUAGCUGGAAUUUAACCUCUUUGUGCUUCAACAAGGUUAAUUCAGAAAUUGUUCAGAUGGAAUAUCAUAAAAUAAAAACAAGCAUAACCAUUAUAGUGUUAUGCUCUUCUAUAUAAAUCCAAGUAUAUGCAUAGAGAAGCACCAUUCAGUCCACAAUGAAGGAAGUUUAUAUGAAACAGAAUAUACUAAAGGAUUUGAGUUGGAUUACUUGGUUGGGUUAAUUAAUUGCGGAAUUAUUGGCCCCUUUAUGAAAUAAUCAGCACCAAUCUCUAUGCAUCAAAAUGAUGAUAAUUAGGUCUGCAGCUAUCAAAUAUUGUAGUAAUCAAGUAUUCUACCCAAUAAUCUCUCAAUUAAUCGAGAAUUUGGAUAAAACAUAAUUUUUUGAGUUAAAGUGCCUUUAUUGCGGAACAAUCACAGAACAAGUGUGUGUGGGUUAGCAGACUGCAAUGCUUGUAAAAAAGCCAAUUAUGAUAUUAAAUUUCAUCAUGUCCCUAAAGACAUUAGUGUCCGAGAGCUGAUUAUCUCCUAUGUUACCUGCCACUUCUACUACACCUGCAAUGUUAGGCUGCAAGCUAGCGUGAAGAUGGGCGUGCAGAGCAGCGCCGCCCAUGACUCAGAGGCGAAUUGCUAAUGAGCCACUGGAGCUCUUCAGAAGAAAAGCAAUGAUUUGAGCUUAUAAACGAGUACUUCAUAGCAGAGAAAUGUCUUCGAUCAUUUUUUGUAAAUGAGGUACUCUAUGUACUCAAGGAAUCGUUUCAGCCAUAUUGAUAAUAUCUGCAGACACUGCAGGCACCCUGGUCAGUGUUUCCUGCUUCUUGGUAGAUUGUAAACGGUUUAUGAGCAGGCUGUGCAGUAAUAAUGUCGAUAUGUUGUUUGUUCACAUUGAUCGGCUAUUUGGCUUCUUACUAUGUCUGGAAAGAAUCAUAAACAUGUAAAAUGUGCUUCUGGACAGUUUUAGGAUGUUGGUGAAAAUGUUGGUUUGGCUUCUGUAAAACAAAAUGCCUUUUCCACCCUAAAUGACAGCACAUCAAAUCAAAACUCUGUUAUGCUGUAGAGAAUGAUGCAGUUUUAUAUUGCUUCUGACUGGAACUGUCAUAAUGAAUAUGAACUCCAACUGUUUGUGUCAACAAUGAAAUAUUGAUAGAUGUACUGUUGGUGAGCUCGCUGUAGCAGCUUCCUGAAAGAUGACUGGGCACUUUGUAAACUGACGUAACUCUUUGAAUUGCUAAUUAAUUGAACAUUGAUGCACUCGAAGUGUUUUUUUAAAUUGUCUGUUUUCAUUCAGUUCUUUCAAUUCUUGACUUAAUUUCUUGCCUUUUGGGUAUUUUUGUCAGGAAAAGUCUAAAUAUAAGUACCCCAGAUCAUAUUUAAUGCAGAGGAAUUAGCUUAAGCGGUGAGUCUAAGAGCUGCAUAAGGAUUGUAUGCAGCCCUCACAGACUCAGCAUACAGCGCUCUAUGCAUUGUUAGAGCAGCAGCCCAUCAUCUGAGUGGCAGACUCGAAUAGCAGCAGGGAUUAUGAUGAGCGGAGAGCACAGACAGGGGGAUAAAGAGGGCUGCUUUCUAAACCCCAUUAACAUUUAGAGCACAUGAUUUUGGCAAGUCACAUGCUGAGCUGUGACUCAGAAGUUAUGAGCCUUCAAAUGUAAGAUAUGACAAGCGUAAUGACUUCAGAACUAAGCGAGCGGAUACAGAAACAAAAGAGCCAAAUGAGAGGAAAAAGAAAGAAAUCAGAAGCAAUAAAUUAAACUCUACAAUAACCAAUCAUAACUCGGCACUUAAGUAACUCUCAGCCGUAAAUUUAUCCUUUUUUUUUUUUCUUAAAGUGAGCUACAUUGUUAAAAGUUUAAAAUGUUUUCAAAAAGUGCCAUCAAACAUUGUCUUUGGACAGCUUCAAGGAUGUUAAAUUAUAAACAAACUCAAACAAUCCAACAAAAUGACUCAUCAAUAACCCAGCAAGCUGAUACACCGCUGCAGGGGCGAUCUAAUCAGAGGAGUGCAGAAGUAAAUCAAAGAAAAUAACACAAAUAUGAUGAAUCAUGAAGGUUUGAAAAGGUCUGGACGAACUUCCACAGGAGACAAAACAAAUUUGUAUAGAUUUAUUAUAACUGCACGUUGGGGUAAUAAGCUGAUUACGCUGUUAUUUACAUUUCUUUAUUUGUUCACUGCAGGGGGAGCAUCCUUACCCCUGGCCCAUGUUCUCAAGCUACCCUCUACCUCCCUGCUACACUUUGGACCCACCGAACAUCAACCAUAACUCACAAGGUAAGAAAAACAUCUAUAAAGCUUCGUAUUUUCACUGUGAUCUUACAUUUAUGGGUUUUUUCCACUCCAUUCAGACGCAGAAAUCAGUGCACUUCUGGCCUCAUCUAAAGACACAAAGAACAAGGACAGCUGGAUGGAGAUGUGCAAAAGACAAUACUGCAACAUCAUGAAGUCCAGACCGAAUGUCUUGACUGGAAAAGGUAUGCCACUGGUUCACUGUGGAGUUCCCUUAUAGGUAUGAAUUUCUGUAUCCAAAUUGCCUCAUGAUGGCACUGCAUUUGUAAUGCUGUGUUCCAGUUGUAUUCAGAAGUCGGGAUUUCCGAUCUCCGAGUCGGAAAUUCAUCCGGAACGCCCCCCUUAAGUAGGAUUUCCAAUUUGGAAAGUUGGACAAUCCUCACCAACCCCGACUUGAUGACUACGUCACUAUUCAAGAUGGCAGCGCAGUGCAUCGACAGUAAAGAGUAACAGUAAAAGCUCUCAUAAUGUAUUAUUUAUAAGCACUUCUGUUUUGUUUUUGUGAAAUUAAAUAAGUGGUAUAUGUUGUACUGCCCAACGUCUAACUAUGAACACGAUGCUAUGGUGUUUGUAGGAGUAAAAUACUGUGUUAUGCGUUGUUUGCUACUGGUAUAGCUAACAACAACUAACAAUAGCUGACAACGACCAACAAUAACUGACAAUGGCUAACAACAGCUGACAACAGCUAACUGUAGGCGUCCAUCUUGGUUUUCAGACUUGUUUACUGGAACACCGCCAACUCAGGUGUAACGUCAUUCCCAGCUCCAACCUCCAAUGUAACUGGAACGCAGCAUAAUAACAGAGUGACCUAUGAGUUUGUCACAAGGGAUGUUAAAUGGAAAAUCUACAUCCUGAAAUUUAAGGAGAGUUAAAAUUCUGACUCUGACUAAAGUUUCCAUUCAGCUCCCACAAAGUGAUUGAGUCAUUAAUAACUACAAGAAAGAUAAGCCAAAAAAGAUCAUCUCCACCUGUUCAGCAGCAUAGAUUCCAUGUUUAACUACAUUAUCAGCUCUCUUCUUUGUACUGCAGCUGUACCACACACACCCACACUGAGAUUACAUAGAUCUGAUGUCUAUGAACCUUUUAAGAACUUCUCAUCACUGCUAUUGACAUCCACUAUGAAAUGCCAGCGACGCCUACUUUUCAUAUGUGGGUGUAAAAACGCUGCGAUUCAAAGAGAACAAAAAUACACUCAAAAGAGGGCUGACAAUCUUGCCAUUAAUGCACACACUGUACCGUGAUUGCUGCUCUUCAUCAGCACACCGAGAUCUCAUCCACUCUCCGCUCUAUGGCGCUCAUUUAGGGCUUUUUACUGGAAGAGCAUGAUCAAGAUUUAUCAUCUGUUAAGCUUCUCUCUGUGUGUACAAGUGCUUUUUUCUUUGGUGGAUAAUUAGCCAUACCAAGCCUGAAAUUCCGCUUUUUAAGAAACAUUCAAAUGAGGGAAACUGUGGCAUUUACAGACUAUAUCAACCUCCUUCCUCUGCUAAUUAUUGAGCAUUUGCUUGCAUCUGUCUCUGCGUAUGAAGGCUCUGUGAUUAGCACUUGUACAGGCCUCUGUAAAGCUGGGAGAUAAAAAUGAUGAAGUAUACAAUCUCUUUAUCAAAACACUCAUUUUAGAAGAGCUUGUUCAGUACCUCACUAUCUUGUCAUCCUAUUGAUUGCCUAAUUGUCCGCCCUAGACAGCAUCUCAGUGAGAUGCAUUCACUUGUGCUGAGAGUCGCUGCGCUGCAACAUGAUCAGCCCUCAUUGUGUUUACUAAUCUUUUGAACGGUUUGCAUGUAAUAAAUGCUUUUACAGACGAAUUCAUAGUUUUAUGUUAGCUUUCAGCUCAUGGAGGCAAAAGACGGUUUCUAUAAGAAAGCUAAGACCUUUGAAAUUUUGAUUUGAAAAAGAUCAGGGUCGAUGUAGAGCUCGAGGUACCUUUAGUAAAUGUGACAUUUCUGACUGAUUGGGCUGAUAAAGUUUGGCUGAAUAAUCUGGGGCUGUGAAUGGAAGAGUAAGAGGUUGAAACUGGAUCCUAAAAGCAACAGGGAGCCAGUGAAGGGAUCUUUGCACAGGGGCAGUACAAGACUAUUUGUCUUUAAUGUGAAUACCAUGAAUUGGUGAGUUUUGUUUCAUAGGACUGUCACAAGAUGCAGACUUUCAGGGACCCUAAUGCUUUUUCAAAUGAUGGGAAUGACCUUUUAAAGAGCAACAGCCUAUAUAUGCUUAUGAAGACAGAAAAGAAGGGGCCCCAGGAUAGAUCCCUGUGGUACGCCACAAAAAAGAGGAAGAAGAUUUAGAGACGCAGUUUCCGACCGAGACAGGAAAACUUUCUAUCUAUCAGAAAAUGGUGGUUAUUAGUUUUAAGAGCAGUCUCUUUCAAACACAGGACCAGAUAAUAUAAAACAAAUACAGGUGCACGAUUUUAUUCAGGAUGACCUGCACACUCUAAUAUAAUCAAAUGCACCAGUCCUCGAAGUGUAGUGGGUUUUGAAAUUACUUUGAUUAUUGAAUGGACAUGAUAGUAUUCUGUGUUUUUACAGAUUCUUCAUAGAAAGUUUGAUUUAUGGUGGGAAAUUUAAAAUGAGAAGUGUGCUGGUUUCCAUUUGUAGUGUAGUCUGAGUAGUAUUGACCAAUCACACGUCAGCAGGCUUCAGUGCAUGCAAGGAAAACAGUCAUUAAGAGAGGAGGGAGGUGGAACGUGAUCCCCCCGUGACAACAUGGAGGCUCAUUUUGUCAUUUAAUUUAACAACUGAUUAAUCUCCGUAAACAGAUACAAGUGUGUCUAACAACUUGUCCAAGAUUAAAAAUUUCAGUUUGAAUGACAAAUGACAAACCUAAAUGAAGCUGUGUUGUGAAAGCCAAUCAGUCUUUUGAAUGCCAGACUUGAAAUAUGAUGGGUCACAAUAUAGCCAAUAAAAACUGGCCAGGGAUCCUAACUGGGGUUGCAGUCCAAAGUUUAGUAGAGGGUGUAGUAAUGUUAUCGAGUCUGGUCUCAACGUGUAUGACCUCAGUGUUGAAUUUCAUGUCUGAUCGUGCCACCAAAGCUGAAUCUACAGCUGAGAGCAGAGGUACAGUUUAUGUCAGAGUUGUUUUAUUAGAUUAUAUUAGAUUAUAGAGGUGUACCUAAGAAAGUGACCCUUAAGUGCAUUUUUAUCCGGGGCCCUCUCACUUUGAAGAUUGAUACGAGGCAGAGCAGGUACUAAAGCUUUGCAGGGAAAUGGACAUACAUUCUCACUGACAAGCAAUUACAGCGUGAUAAAAAAGAGCAUUAAAAUUCAUUAAAAUUAUACUCAGAUACUCCACUUUAAGUGCUUUUAGUGGUGAUAUUACAUUUUUAUUUCUGACCUCUCUAAUAUGAUGUGAAAGUCAUUUGUUUUCUGUAAAAGACUCAGAGAUGGUUUCAUUAAAAAUGCACUGCUUUCUUUCUGGGUCACUUGCUGUAUUUAACAAUGUAUAUAACAGGAUUUUACCCUCUCCUCCUAUAAAUAGUUGAAGUAGCAGAGCUGAUGUGUUCAAAUUUUUAAAUCAGAUUACUUUGAACUCAAGGUUUAUCACAGCUGCACCAACAUUAAUCUUUUCUAUACGUCGUUUUUUUUUUUUUUUUCUCUCUCUCUUUAGGGCUGGCUGACCUUCUGGAAACGGUCGUGGCUCAUCUCUCCAGCUCUGCCUCUGAGAGUUUCUUCUCUCCAGCUCAGUACAAAGGUCAGUGAAGUAAAGCAACACAUUCAGGUCUUAUCUCAACAAUUUAGCCGGAGGAAAAUAACCGAAGGGCGCUUUGAUUCACGGAGCGGCGAACUGAACCCUGACUCGUAAAAUUCGCGCGGAACAACCAGUGCAAGUCCCAGUGAUAGAGGGGAGAUGUGUGGUGUUAUUACAAUUCUGUCUUGAUAUACUAUAUUAGCUGGAAAUUGGUCGUUGAAAACAAUCAAUUUCUCCAGGAUUUUUGGGGCGGGACUUAAAGGGAUACUGCAUGAUGCACUGAAUCCCCCAUACAAAAAUCAAAGCUAAGAUAAGCAUCCAUGAUCUGAAAGCUCAAUCUGGUGUCACUGUAAAACUAGAAUUUUUAUACAAAACUGGUGAACUUUGCACUGGUUGCAGUUUAUGUGUUUUAACUCGAUCCAUGCAGUUUAUGUGAGUUAAACUUUCUUUGAGUUAUUCAAGACUCUGCUCUUGUACAACAAACCUCUCCCAUGCUGCGUGGAAGUCAGGGUCAUCCCUGUGGACUUGCAGUGAAGGGUAAAAAAAGCAAAGUAAGAGAUUCCUCCUCAUUUUCAGAGGAGUGUUAUUACCCCAGGUUAAAAGACGGGAUGUGUUUCGGUUUCAGUGUGGGCAGCCAGCAGGCUAAACAACCUGAUGAGGCUGAUGGAAGCUAAAAAUCUGAAUAAACACGACUAAUUAGUGAACAGGCAGAAAGUCUCACAAACUUUAGACGUUCCUGAAGGUAAUGAAGAGUUGAUCACAGAUGUUCUUGUCUAAGUUUGCUUCAUUUUUCAGCUCAAACAGACCCUCCUCUUUAUCUGAAAAGCCUCUCCUCUCUCUCCUCUCUAAUACUUCCUCCUUAGUCCAAAUAAGUGCUGCUCUGGCAUUGAUUGAAUCAUCUCAGAGCUUUAUGUUUAAAAUCAAUUUAUCACUGAUGGUGAAAAUUAUAUCUAAUUUGAACCAAAUGACAUUGUGCUGCUGCUGCUGCUCUAAUAGUGUUUGGGUGUCUGUGCAAUCAGUGAGUGCUGAUGGAUAAAGUGAUUAUUAUAAUAUAGAUAUGAGUGCUUUAAACAAAGAGGAGCAGAGAUCAAACAGAGAGCCAAGUAUUAUUUAAGUACACUGUGUUUAUGUAUUUAUGCAAAAGGCGGCUAGAGUGAUGAGCAGAAAAACACAGAAAUAGGGAAGGUAUAUUCAAUUUGCCAAUCUCUUUUUUUUUUGUCAGCUGUUGCUUUUAGUCGCAUAGGCUUGGAAACAAGUUUAGGAGAUAGGAGGGUAAAUGGCAGGUAAAUGCAGUGUCCAUUAUUUUAUAAAGAGGAAUAAAGAGAUAACACAUUUGUAAAAACAAAGAAAUUUGGAGCAUUAAAAAAAAACCUCUGUAAUUUGUCAGAAAGACCAGAAAGCACCAUAUUAGUACGAGUCUAUCCAUUAAAAUAUUUAUUGUAUUGAAAAAUCUGCAAUCUGAUGUCUCACGGAGAGGCUGAUCUUUGAUUGAAUCCCAUCCAGAAAACUUCUAAUAUUUAAUAAUCACAUAUGCCCUUAAAGCGGCUUCAUCUUCACUCCAUUAACAAAAUAUGUGCUUUAUUCUAAAAGGCUUAUUAUCAUAUUGAAUUAAUGUAGGACGCCAGAUAUUACCAUGGGCUGUGCAUUUGCAUAAAAAUCAAUUAAACUGCAAAGGUCAGUCAAAUGUGAUGCAUUUGAGUAAUGUGGUGAAUGCUGGAAGGUCUGCAGAGCUCGGCAUUAUGAGACCACUCUCAUAGUCAUAAAAACAUAUUCUGGUUCAUGCUGGUUGGUCCACUCAGUUUAAUUGCUCUUCACCAUUUGAUCUUCACCUGCACAACCUUUACUACAGCUGUACCCUUAGUUCUUAUUCUAAAUGUGUAGGACGUUUCUUUAUAAUACUGCAUUUGAGGGGACACUGCUGCAAACUUUCAUAAAAUAGAGCAGAAUAGUGGAUUGCAAACAAAACUGCAUUCAAAACCAGCAAGAGAGUGAGAGCUCUUUGAGUCCUCGGUUUCAUCCAGGAGUUUAGCAAAGAAACAUGGACUCGGCGUGCAAAGACCUGAAGUAUUGUUGAAUUGGUGCAUUAGGUGUUAAUGUUUGAAAUAUUUAAAGACCCACUCUGAUGAAAAUCAUGUUUUUCUUGUUGUCUCCAUGUUUAUAUGGCAUUGUUCUGAAGCUACAAGACUUAUCAUGAGAAAAAGAAGUGCUAAAUUGCAUUUCUGAGUAUCUCUGGAUUCAAAUCACUGUGAGUCUCUGGCAGACCCAAACGGCAGGUUCAGAAACAGUGAGAUUUCCUAUGUCACAAAUCCAAGCUCCGCCCCCGGAGCCCUUCUAUACAGGUCACACUCGGAAAAAUAGAAAGGAUGAUUGCAGAACAAGCAUGUGCGUUAGCGGAUUGCAAUGUUGAUAAGAAAGCUAACUAUGAUUUUAACCUUCAUCAUCUCAUUGCUUAUGAGCAACUGGAGCUCUGCAGAAGAAAAGCCCUUGAAAAUGACACCCCUUGAAAAUGACACAGGUAAUGUAAUGUGAUGGCUAAAAACAUCAUAAUCACAAUUUGAAGACCACUGAGAACAUUUUAAAUUAAAUUUAAAAAAAAGAUCCCCCUUUAUAAAAGGUUGUCUUCCUUAAUAUGGUCAGCUGUUGUUAUAUCCCAAAUUAGUGUGCUAUUCUGCAGAUAUAGAGCAUUAUAUCUGCGAUCUGAACAUGUCUUUAAACUAAAGUCCCAGAGAUGCUGAAGAAAAGUUAAUACAGAAGAAAGAUCAGCUGUUAUGAAUUAGUCAACAGUUAUUUGUGGCUCAGUCUGAAUAAUAGAAAAUAGUAGUUUAAAGGAACGUUUGAAAAUUGUUCAGCACGCUUUAAUCAUUUUGUAUAUUUUAAUAACUACAAAAACUUGUCAGCUUCUUGUUUUUCUGCUGAGGCCUAAGAAAUUUGUCCGCUAUUUUUUUUUUUUUUUGAGGUCUUAAAUCCGAGCCGUUUCUCUCAGAGACGUCUCUCCUCAGAGACCACGCUGAUGAAGACGCUCAAUUCUGACUGUUUGUUUUGAUUAUUUAUUUACUUCAAAGUUGUUGAUUUUCUUCCACAUAUUAUGACAUAUUUAGAAAUCAUUUAUACUCAUUUGCAUACGUCUAUUAACUUUAAACAUUUUUCAGAGUCCAGUUUUCCCACCUGAGCAGCGUUGAAACGACUUGUGACAGUUUUAAGUCUUGUUUUUUUUAGUGGAAAUGACAAAAAAUACCCAAAUGUUAUUCUUAAUUUAUGAUCCAUGGGACUGUGAUGGAAGGGCACAUGAGGUACAUAAUGGUUUGUUUGGCGCUGUCGUUGAUACAAACUUAUCCAGUAAGAGCUUGAACGAUUACUCAAAACAUAACUCAAAACUGAAAUCAAUCAGGCAUUGAAUCUCUGUGAUUUUUUGCCGUAUGAGAGUCAAACUACAUUUUUAAAGUUAUACCUGAGGGGAAGUACAAAGUUUGUUAGAUCUUGUCCUGUUUGCUCCAGGUGUUUAUUCAAUGUGCAGAGAUAGGGAUGUAAUGGUUACACAUUUUGAUGUUUAAAUAACUUUAUUACUGGCUGAUCUAAGUAAUAAAAUAGUCAACAUAAACCAUGUUUCUGAAAACUCCCUUUUAUAUUAUCAAUAAUCGCCCACUUUGGUAUCAUUCAACUAAUGCUUGCCUCUGUUUAACCCACAGGAACCUAACUUACUUGGAUUAGUGUUUUACAAUUGUUUCCUCUCAGAAUUAUUGCUCAUUUGCUCACAUAAGUGGCCUUAUUAUUGUUUAGGUGCAACUGGGAUGUUCGAUUAUUGGAGGAUGGAAUUAGCAAAGCAUUUGAGUUAGCUGAGGAGAAAGUCUCUCAAAGGCUCUAAAGAGGGAAGCUGCUGAAGGAAAGGAAACUAACUUUACCUUUAGUUCACCUUGAUUGCUAUUAUGAAAAGCUGGGGAGUCUUGAGGCUGUAUACAAAGGAUUUAAUAUGUUUGACAGCGCUCUGUUUCAGCACCAGGAGCUGUCCACUGUCUGCUGUUCAGCUGGUGUUCUGUGUCAUGGCAGGAGUCCAUCCCUGACUGUCAUGACCAUAGACUGUAUAUACUAUGGACAACUUGGUUCCAACUUCCGCCAGUAUACUGAUUUGAAGCCAAAAAAGCUCUUGGUAUUUCCAGGUUUUUUCCUCACUUCCUGUAACCAACAUUGUGCAGCAGCCUUGUAAACUACUAACUUUUAGAAAUGGAGCUGCACAGAAAUAAAGACGACUUGAGCACAAACCAGUCUAACUACAUGUCAACAUCGCCAACUGUGUAAUAAAUUUCUAAAGUUUGUCCACAGCUCCAUAGGGAUUGCUGGUUGAGGAGGGAUUUAUGACCUAUACUGCAGCCCGUCACCAGAGGGUGCUGUUCUCGGGUGGCUUCAUCCAGUGACGAGGCAGAGGGCGUCUAUUCUAUAUACAGUCUUUGAUCAUGACGUCACAAUUAGAAGGAAUUAAUCAAAGGCAACAUUAAAAUAAUCUUGUUGCUGGUGGGCCAGCAUUGGCCCACUGGUUGCCAGUUUCCAACCACCACAGCUGCUGACUUUUCAACUGUGCACUAGCAAAAUGGUUGUCACCUCUCCUCUUCAGAGUGGACAAUGCCACAUCCAUGAGUUCCAAAAUAAACAUCUGGUAUUGAUUUGUCAGACCACAAGAAUGUGGCCCAUCUCGCCUCUGUCUAUUUUGAGCAGCCUUAGGCUCAGAAAGGUUGCUGGGAUUUCUGACACAUUUUUAUAUUGUUUUUCUUUGUGAAUUUGUGUUCAUGCAGUGAUUUCCACUACAGGGUCACGUCUGUUUGGUGCAGAGCCACCUGAAGGCCUAAAGAUCAAGUAUUAGUUUUAGAUCUUGUUGCUUUUGUGCCAUGAUUUCUUAAGAUUCUCUGGAUCUUUUAAUUAUAUCAUGUACUAUAGUUACAUUAUUCUGAUAUCAGUGAAAAAUGUGCUCACACAGUCACUACUUACUGCUUCUGAGAGAUCUCUUAGAUCCCCUUUUUUUCUUGUUAGUCAGGAGAUGGUCCUCCAGGUGCUUUUUUAUCCAUGACAUUAAAAUGUAGGUUUUAAACGAUUUUGAAACCAUCUAUUUUCAUCGAUAUUUUACCCAGCCGUCCGACUGUUCUUGAAAUGAGUAAGCCCAGAAUUUCAAAAACCUUGAGACGUGAAUUGCCUCGUGUAAGCGAUUGUCGUUCAUCAGACAGACCGCCACUCAGUCAGAUAGAAGCUGCUGAAUAAAAUCUGUGAUACUGUGGAAAUGAUUUUCACCCUCUUCUGCAGCACAAAACCAGGAAUCAGUUAUGAAAUAGGCGUGUUAGCCUACGCCUCUACAUCCCUUUAUCACUUUAGAAUGAGGGUUUUCUGCUGUCCUUUUUAGUUCACUCUCUCUCUCACACACACACUCUCACAGCUUUUCCAUUUUCCCUCUAAUAUUCCUCCCACCAAAUAGCCUCUGAGGAGACCAAGCGGCUGUCAUGGCUCUUGUUGAAUUGUGCAAUCUAGCAGCUACAUGUGUGUGCAUGUGUAUGUGUGUGUGUACGUGUGUACGUGAGCUGACAGGGAGCGGGUUGCAGGCACCUCUUAGCGUUUGAUUGACGCUGACUACAGACCCAGACACUAUGGCCUCCUUCACUGCUCUCAUUGUGCGGCGAGAGCGGACUCAUUUGCCGAGUAUUAACCUCUGUCAGUUCACUGUUCUGAGUUGUAUCUCCUCACACGCCGCGGCCCUGACUCAUUGAGGCAGCUGUCCAGCAAUCUCAUUUAUUUCUACCGCCUGUUGAAAUUGGGUGGCUGUGAAAACAAAGAGAUGGCACCUUUUAUGCUGACUAUUGCAACUUAAUAGCACGGACUGAGAUCCGCGCUUUCUCAAGUGAGCCAUUAUUUAAAACGAGUCUUUCAGCACUUUUCUGCCUCCACUUUACACCAACUUUUCAUGUGUCAUUUUUCAGCCCAAAGAAUAAGAAAUACAAAAACAUUAAAAUGUGCAGCAGAUCCUAAAGGGAUAUUCCAGCGUAAAAUAAAGUUAUGGUCAAACACACCAUAACAUUGAGUUAGACACCCCCUCGAGAAAUGAAUGUUGUCGACCACUUGCUUUUCUAGUUAUACCAACUUUAGUAACGACCGCAUGAUAGCAAUACACAGCGGUCUAUGUUUCCAUGGACAAACCUCAACCAAAAAGCCACUCUAUAGCCACAAAUAAUGCUCAGAACAGCACCUAACUUCAUCAACAGUACAUAUAGGGUCUCAGCCAUAGUACUAGCCACCAAACAUCUGUUUAGAUUUGCCUGAUAUUUUUUAACAAAGAACUAAACACAACUUACCCACUCUCCUUCAGCAGCCGCUUGUUUGUGGGGGAGCUCUGACGAGUUGAUCACUGAGUGCAGUGGAGAUUCGCAGCUCAAGGAAGAACAUUUAUGAUCAUUUCUUCAUGGAAAUGCAAUCAGACCUAGACGCUAAGGCAGAAGAACUACCGUGUCUGCAGUGCAAAAUGAUUAAUAUGAUGAUUACUACUUCAAGGAAAUGAUAAAGAAAUUAUCAUAAAUGUUCUUCCUUGAGCUGUGUCAUCCUGCUGCAGUCCGUGAUUGACUCGUCUGAGGUCUCCCUUCAAACAAGCGGCUGCUUGAAGAGAGUAAGUGAGUUGUGUUUAGUCUCUUUGCUAAAGAAAUCAGGCAAAGCUAAAAAGAUGUUUGAUGGCUAGUACUAUGGUCAAACACAGUGUUAUGGUGUGUUUGACCAUAACUUAAAUUUAAUCCGGAAUAUCCCUUUAACUUUAUCAACUUUCCCAUUCCUGAUACUUCUCCAAAGACAGACAACAUUCCGCUUAAAGUUAUAACUGUUGCUGUUAUCACUACUGGUCAUGAUAAAAGUUAGUUUUUACCAGUUAGCAGCUAAGAGAUGCACUAUCCUGCUCUGUUGCCAUUGCCUGGAUUGCAGGACAGGAUUUAUUCUUCACUUCCUGUCAGAGAUAUUCAGGGCCCAGUACUUCUCCAGGUUGUUCAUCAUGUUCUCAAGACUGUCACUAUUUCCCUUCUCUCAAGACUAGACUGAGCAAAGCAUUAGUUCAGGCAGGCCUCAAAGUGGAGUUCAGCUAACCAAUCAUAAACCCUGCCUAUCUCAGUGAAGCCGAUGACCAAUCUGACUGGAAAAACGCCAAAAUUGGUGUUCCGUUCCUCUUCAAAACACAUAUUCAUUCCUUUUGGUGGAAUGACUUUGACCCAGUGAAGUCUCUGGUGCUGACUUGCAGGGGUGACACUGAGAAGUCGUCAGGAGUCCUCCAUGGUGAGCUUGACACUCCAUCUUUGCCAGAAAAAUCAUGUCCUGGGGCUCUCUUCGACAUAAAAUCUCAUUUUCACACUCACUUUUCAAGCAGGACACUCUUGUUGAUGUGUCACAUCCCCAAGACUAGCAGGCCUCUUUCAGUUUUUGCCGCUCAUUUUUAAGGAUUUUCUUCAAAUGAGUCCCAACACGACUCCCCCCCGCCAAAUCCUCUAAACCCUGCAGGAUUCUUUGUUUUGCACUUUUGUUUUAAUUUCCUCGCAGCGCAGAGAAUUAUAAGUCUUCUGGAGACCGAAUCGACUCUGAACUGAAGCGCAGAUCCCCGAGAUUACUCUUCACGACUCUCACAGCCGCUCAGAUUUGCAAUUAAGAACAGAUUGUCACAAGCAUUGUCAGGGAUAAAUUGCAUGUGGCUUCUUCUUUUUAAACUGCAGUUAAAUGCUUGAAUUAAAGUUAUUAGAAACUGUAAAAUAGACACCAGCGGCUCUUUACCGAGGAGAUAGGAGGGGAGAGGAACUGUGAGGGAGGGAAUAAAAACAACAAGAGAGCAUUCAUCUCCAUUAGAUGGUAAUUGCCAUCAGCAAGAGGUUUUUAGAGAUGUUAAUAUGUGAGAGAAGAUACAGCACCGGUUGUCCUGGUGCUGCUUCAACCCCUCAUCACAAGCCAUUUUCUCUCAAUUAUUACCAGAUUUGAUGGGCUGUGAUUAAUCCUCAGUGCUCAGCUGUGAUUUUUAGACGGUAACAAUGUUGAAUUAUCGCUCAGAUUCCUGUAUUAUCAUUUCCCCCUGCAUAUUUCUGCACCAUUAGGCCCUAAAUUGGAUUUUGAGUUUUCCCUGCCACUUAUGUCGCUGGAUAAUACUUACCAUAUUAAUUGUUAAAAACUUCUCAUCAUUAACGCAAAGUGUCUGAAGCAGGGGAUCUAUUUCCACAAAUGUAAUAAUAAUCUUUCUCCCAAAAGCCAGGAUGCAGCCGAGACAUCCCCCACAACAAAGUAUCAGUCCUCCUGCACCCUUAUUGCUUCAUUUAUCGUUCUCUCCACACGAUUACAACUGUAACUCCAAAAUCUAAUAUAUUUUUACGAUUCUGGACACUUAAUGGGGGAAAGUAAGAGCCCAUGAGAGCAGCUGCUGAGACUGAUAGCUCUGCGAUCUGUACAAAGCCGCGGCGCAUGGAUCUAAAGCUGCUCUGCUCCAGUAUUUUUGGGGGGCUGCUGUUGUAUCUCACUCCACAGAUAAAGAUAAAGUCCUGAGAUAAAGAGCUUUCUCACAAGGUUCAGAAUUUCACACUGCAAUCCUCAGCGAAACUCCGCCACACUCAUGAAACUGUGAGUUAUGACUCUGCGGCUGUAAACCCUCAAAGUGCCGCUGUGAAAUCACCUGUGGAUGACUGUUGCAGACUCACCCCGAUGCUCUUAUCUCACAAACAUCCCAAUUAAACACCGAACAACCAUUUACAAAAUUACCUCCACAACAAAUAUCACUUUUUAGCGCCCUGAAGGAAGAAAGUCGUGACAGUUUGUCAUGUUUCCCAUUCUCAAGGGUCGUAAUGCACCUAGUUAGUAACACCUGAGGAGUGUGUUUUCCUCUCUGGGUACUUCCUCUAUUGGUUAAUAACUGUCUCUUCUCUUUAAUCACCUUGUUUUACAGCCGAGGAGCAGACUGUGAAGAGUGCCGUGUUAUCGUCUGUGGAGCAUCUGGGAGUCGACACAUGUCUCAGGUAUGUGCAGUAUGUGAAGUGUCCUCUUAAAGCAGCACUCUGGGAGGAAGAACACGCUAAGAACUGUAGGCUUUAUUAUAACAUAACAGGUGCCUGGACUGUCUUUAGUCACUUGUUGAUAGGUGCAGCCAGUUUCUGUAAAUUAUCAACAUUUCCAUCUAGAUUCAGAAAAUGAAUGAUUCAUUCAGUCUGAUUUGAAAAGUGACUUCACCUGCUCUCUGUCCUCUAUAAGCGUCUGUAGAUUUGAGUUUCUUACAGCUGCUGGUGCAUCCAUAACCGAGCCGCAGUGGCGCUUCCUUAUUAAGUCGCCUGUAAACCACUUUAACUUCAGAUCAUGAACUUUUAGAAAGUAAUUUUACAGUGACAUCAGAGCUCACCUCAGAGCUUUAGCCACCACACACCUUAUUACACUCAGACUCCCACCUUAUUUCCGUUUGCAGUUCUGCAAGUUUGCAGGAGAUGUGAAGUUUCCUUUUUCACAGCCUGUUUUUCUUGUAAGCUGUCGUUGCAGAAAAAGAUAUAAUUUUAUGAAACACUCUGGUCUAAAACAGUUGUUUCCUCUGCAUGUACUAGUACACUGGCUUUAGCUUCCCUCAAGUCACAUCAGCAAUGGGUUCUUUCCAUAGACUGUAUAUAGAAUGGACGCCAUCUGCCUCCUCGCUGGGUGAAGCCACCGCGAGAACAGCACCCUCUGGUGACAGGCUGCAGUAUAGGUCAUAAAUCCCACCACCUCCAGCAAUCCUUAAGUAGCUGUGGACAAACUUUAGAAAUUUAUUACACAGAUUAUAAAUUUUUCUCCCCCCUGCUUGCGAUGUUGACAUGUAAUUACAGUAAGACUGGUUUGUGCUCAAGUCCUCUUUAUUUCUGUGCAGCUCCAUUUUUAAAAGUCAUCAUCACAGCGACUCUCCCUCUCCCUCUCUCUCUCUCUCUCUCUCUCUCUCUCUCUCUCUCUCUCUCUCUCUCUCUCUCCCUCCAAAUGUGUACAAUGCUACCGCGCAAUGUUGGUUUCAGGAAGUGGAGAAAAAAAACGGAAAUACCGAGAGCUUUUUUGGCUUCAAAUCCGUAUGACAACAGAAGGCGAAGCCAAGUUGUCCAUAGUAUAUACAGUCUAUGGUUCUUUCUAUUGAUGCAAAUGUGCCACACAGAGGGAAGAUUAAACUAUGAGAUGUGACCUGUUUUCCAGGUCAGCAGUUGGAUCAUCUGAUGCUGAUGUUUACGAUAUUUGCCAUGGCUGUAUUUGUUUUUUAAUCAGCUUGCUUUCUUGACUGAUCAUUUCAUUCACAAUCCACAUCUUUUUUCAUGAAGGAGGCUGGCUUCACUUGGGAAGCUGUGAUGACAUCCAUCUUUACAUUUGGUCUUUAUAUGAGAUAAACAUGCUGCUGUAUACAGAGAGAUACUCCUCUGACUCUGCAGUAGUUUCGGACCGCUCUUUCAGUCCUUAUCUCGAAAUGAUCUCCUACCGCUGUGAUUUCACUCUAAUGUUGCAAGUGUGCUUAGUACUCGGCCUGCUCGGUAUUUUUCCUCCAGUAAGCCCUCUGACUUGAGUAACUGUUCUCUCACUGCUCGUUUCUUUCUUUAAUGACACCCCGCUGCUGCAGUACAUAGUGGUUAUCACUCUUUGCUCAACAACUCCCCUGAAGGGAGCCUUUGAGCUGCAAACUUUCAGGGCAUGUACAAAAAUCUAAGUGCUAUGUUUGCAUUUUUGGGCAUCAACAGAAGAGUGUGUGCGUAUUACCCACAGAGCGGCGAGUCUUAUAGGAUUUAAAGUUGUUGGACAUGAAUUUAUAAUUAAUCCUUGACUUACAAGUGUCAGACGUGCUGAGUUAAAGCUGACCACUCUGGACUUUUUGAAAUGAAUUUUGAUGAGUACUUCUCUGUAUUUACAAGUAUCCUCAUUUUUUCUCCAUAUCUGUGGUAUCUCCUUGUAACGUGCGUCUUCUAUUUGAGCAAAAGAUAAAGGAGAUUUUGGCUCAAACCCAUUAAGGAUUGACAGACACGUGGCAGAUAAUUAUGAUUUCUGCUUUAUUCUUGUAUCCACAGGUACGGCGGCUUCCUGAAGCUGCUGAAAGAAGGUGCUGUGAACAACCUGACACUGCUAAUGAGGCACAUCAGGAUCUUCCUGUCCACACAGAGAGUUAAGACUUCUUCAGAGCUCAGUAUCCUUAGCAGAGUUCACAUCUGUAUUCAUGUGGAGGGAGCAAGACGUUCACCUCUAACGAUUUCUUUUGCUACUUUUUCUGUGUUCUUAAAAAAAUCAUUGCUGUGUUCAGAACUUAAGGUUCCCUCUGUGAAACGAGUAACACACCCAACAACAUCAUUUGCCCUCAUGCUUUUAUGUGUCUAUUGUCAAUGCCUUACACUUGUAAAACAACGACUCAUUAUGAAAGACAAUCAAGGAAGUGAUCAUGUAAGAUAGUAAACAAGGCUGGUCCAAAAUGCAGUUUUGCAUAACUAAAUGCAUUUUGUGCUCACAGUAUUAAAAAAUGAAACUGUAUGAUGCACAGACUUUCUGUAAAAUUCACUCACUUUGUGAGACCGACAGCUUUCCGAUGAUGAACUCUGUAUGUUUCUGUCACAUACAGUGUUUUUUCUAUCCCAAAAAGGAGAUUACUGUCCAUCUAUUCCCUCAAAAAAACUGAUUCAAUCUCAGCUGAUUUCUGCCUUAAUUUCCAUGAAAUAAGGUGAUUUCUGUUGUUAGCUGUCUAUGCUGUAGUUUACUGACCAAUCAGAGACUGUAUCUACAAUCAGCUGACCUUGCAAUGCCAAAUCAGAAGUCAGGCUUUCCUGCAGCAGCAAAUUGAAUCAAUAAGCAAGGCCAAUAAUGGCACCAGUAUCAAUAAAUCUUUUCAAUUACCUUCCUUAGCAGUGCUUAACCCUUUCACCAAGUUUCAUCAAACUGAGGUUUGACCUUUUACUGCAACCUAACUGACAAACUGACAAAUAAGUCUUUAGCUCUUUGACAAACCUCACACCUUUAUGGUGUAGAUGAUAAUUGAAAGGUCUCAUUUAUUGAAAACUGAAUUAUUUCUGAAGCCCAUCUACAAGGGCAAUAUGUAGCUUCUACAAUUUGACACUGAGUAUUGGACCAAAAAUAGAAAUCUGUCAAUACAUCCCACAGAAAACUGCAAACUGAAGUUCUGUGUGUGUUCAAGGACAGUCAACAAAAGUUAACAGCAGCUCAGUCUAAAGAUAUUAAAUGCAAGACAUGUUGGCAGUCUGGGGUUGUGUCCUGGACUCAUAGCAGAAUAUCUGUGCAGUGCAUUUGCUACAAGCAGGUUGGAUGAAUUGUAAAGUUUAUUAAUGAAACUAAGCUGACACUCCAGGGUCGGAAUAAGCCCCUCAAACUCAAUGAGAGAAGCUUGGAAUCUGAUUGUGUUGUAACUCUGGUAUUUCAUUCAUUUUUCAUUUUUAUUCUAUUCAUUGUGGAUGUAAUAUGAUCAUUAUUGUGCAGAGAUUCCACCUGGGAGACCUUGAAGUUUAUGAAGACUAUUGGCUGGAAUUCUUUAAAGAUUUCUAGAAAACCUCAUCACAAAAGCACAUUUUCAUACUUUUCAGAGGUGACUUUUUUCAUCUCAUUGAUUCACAAAAUAUCACUGCUAACAGAGUCCAAGAUCUUGACAGUUUUGACAUGAGGAAGCCUUUUUUUCUACAAUGACACAAUGGUCUAGUUUAUCAAGGUUAAUUGAGUGCUAUAGCCUUACUCAAUGCAUGAUUGACAACCAAUGGCCUCAGUGACAUGUAGAAACCAAAGUAAUUUUAACUCUAUGUCUCAUUUACUCCAGCAUUAGAAAACAAAAUUUCUCGUGAUACCUUAAAUACAGACAAAGACCGCAAAAAUAGAACCAAUGACUUUCUGCUUGACUCAUUACUAUUAAGUAAAGAGUUAAGUUAAAGUCCAGAGAAUUAUCUGCAAGCUAUGUCCAUGUUUUCAAAGAAGAGCAGCAGUAAAGACCCAGACACACCUAAAGAGAACUGACCUAAGUGGAGGUCAGUCUUUGAGCUGCAGUACAGACUUAGACACACUUAGAGAGUGCAUAUCUUGGUGAAGUUGAGGAGAGCACUUGCAAAGACCCAGACACACUCAGAGAGUACUGACCUAAGUAAGAGGGAGGCAGCAGCAAAGUCCACAGAGCUGGCCUCCGUGACCAUCUAUAUGGGACAAAAUAAAAAGGAGGACCUGGGGUGAGAGCAGUUUGCAUUGAAAGCAGCAGGAAACAAACUGAAGCAGUUUAGAUUGAGAACAUCCAGUUUGGUAUUUGCAAACAGGAUGUAAAGAAGGUAAUGGUCUGAGCCCCCACCCUUACCAAAAAGAAGUAUGUUGUAGUACUUCAAGUAUACAGUUUCUAAACAAAAUUUCUCCCUCAUUGCCACUCUGUCCUACCCAUUGAGGACCCCCCCCCAAAAAAAAAAUAUAAUAAUAAUAAUACAUAAAUGAUAAUAAUAGUAAUCAUAAUUUAAUAAGUAAAGGUAUGCUUCAGAGUGUACUUUUAUAGAACUAGAAGUUUAUUUCUAGGAAACUAAUAGUAUACCAAGAAAUGAACUUUGAAGUAUGCUUCAAGUGUAUUUUGAUAAAAUAAAUCAGGCCAAUUUAGUCCCAAGAAGUUUACUUGUAAGUUCACUGGUAGUACAUUUGUAUCAGUGUACAAAGUAUAAUUUGGGAAGUACCGGUAUACUAAAACAAACCUCAGUAUACUUCAUAAAAUGUACUUGAGGUAUACUUUUUUUGGUAAGGGUAGGCUUGCACUAAGGCUGAGCUUGGCUUUGUGACCUGCCUGAACUAACUGGUUAUCUAAAUGAUGCCACUAUGAUGAUAAGUUAAGUCAGAUUUUUUGUCUGAUUGUUUUAAACCACACAGUUUCACAGCUCUUUAAUAAACAAUAGGAUGCAAAGAUGUGUUUUACAGAUUUUUUAAAGUUCCUCUUCUUGAUAAAAUCCAUGUUUUAAAAGGCUAUUUUGAAGGUAAAAUAAACACUCCGUCCUAUUUCAGUUCAUUGCAUCACCUUCAUGUUUGUUUGUCAGUAUUUCUUGUGAGUCAUUGAUCUCAGUAUUUAUUUAACCAGCGCUUUGGCUCUUUGACCAACCCCUGCAGUCACUCAGCAGGAUGGGUAUCCAGGCCAUGACUGGCUGGUCUCUACGGUCUUCCUCAUAAUGGCUGGAGACACAGACCGCUCACUACGGCUGUUACUCAACCUGUCCUCGCUGCUUACCUCAGCGUUCAUCUGGCCGGCAAGGAUUCAUGCCUCAGUGAGUACAACAGUGAUACUGCACGUUUCAACUAAUACACAGACCUUUUACAUGAUGUGAUUUGGUUGCCAUUACGUGUUAAGAAAUUGCUCAAAGACAAUGAAAAAGAAAGACUCCCACAUGCAACGAUGCUUAAAGGGGUAUUCCAACAUAAAAUUAAUUUAGGGUCAAACACAUUGUAACACCGAAUUAGACACCCCCUUGAGAGAUAAAUGUUGCCGACUGCUUGCUUCUCUAGUUAUACCAACUUUAGUAACCACCGCACAAUAGCAAUACACAGUGGUCGAAGAAGACACGCACAAACCUCAACCAAAAAGCCACUCUAUAGUCACAGUUAAUGCUCAGAACAGCACCUAACUUCAUCAACAGUACACAUCUUUUUAAAUUGCCUGAUUUCUUUGGCAAAGAGAUCAAACACAACUUACCCACUCUCCUUCUGCAGUCACUUGUUUGUACAGAGACCUCAGACGAGUCCGUUACGGACUCCAGCAGGGUGACGCAGCGCAAGGAGGAACAUUUCUGAUCAUUACUUUAUUAUUUCCUUGAAGUAAUAAUCAUCAUAUUAAUCAUUUUGCACUGCAGACGCAGUAGUUCUUCUGCCUUAGUGUCUAGGUCUGAUUGCAUUUCCAUGAAGAAAUGAUCAUAAAUGUUCUUCCAUGAGCUGUGGAGUUGGUGAUCUACUUGUCUGAGGUCUCCCAACUAACAAGUGGCUGUUGAAGGAGAGUGGGUGAGUUGUUUUUAGUCUCUUUGUUAAAGAAAUUAGGCAAAGUUAAAAAGAUGUUUGGUGGCUAGUACUAUAGCUGGGACUGUAUAUGUACUGUUGAUGAAGUUAGGCGCUGUUCUGAGCAUUAUUUGUGGCUAUAGAGUGGCGUUUUGGUUGAAGUUUGUUCGUGGCUCCAUAGACCACUGUGUAUUGCUAUUGUGCAGUCGUUACUAAAGUUGGUAUAACUGGAGAAGCAAGCAGUCGGCAACAUUCAUCUCUUGAGGGGGUGUCUAACUCUGUGUUAUGAUGUGUUUGACCCUAAAUUAAUUUUAUGCUGGAAUAUCCCUUUAAAGGAAUUUGAUUGGAGCUUGCAUGUACAUAGGCUUAAAAAGCAAUGAAACAAAAAGGAGGAUCAAAGUCUCUCUUUUUUUUUAGACACAUAUUUCGCUGAGUCAUCUCUGCUGCAGAGCUGCUCAGCAUGACCCGGUCUCUCACACUGAAUAAAACAAUAUAAAUAUGCCGCCUGCACGGAAAAGUCACAUAUCCAGUAACAAAACAAGACAGCCCUUCCCUCAAAGUAAAUUGAGGAGUAUAAACACAGUUUUAGGACCGUAUUGUCCUCCUCUAAUCCCCUUUUCCUCAUCCAAAGCACGUCAACAAUCAUAGCGGUGGUAAAGGAAGGAAAGCAGAAAGUUUGAGACGAAUACAAAAAGCCUUUUUGCACAUAAUGACAUUCUGUUCAACUUUUCGUCUUCAUUUUUCAACAAGGUGGAAAACAAACAUUUACACCUUGAUUGAUGUUUUUUACUUAACUGAAAAAGGAGAGGCUAGCUUUAGGAGGAUGAUAAAUGACAGGGGGGAGGAGGAGGAAGAGAAAUAAAGGAGUAAAAGGAAUAAUUUAAGUUGGGAGAGGAACUCCAAAAUGAAGUCGAGAUUCAAUCAUUUCAAAUUGCUGGAGCGAACGGAGGGGCUGCGUUUAAGGUUUGCUGUCAUUAUACCAGCCUCGAUCGUGCUGCCGUCUCUCUUCAAAGUCAAUCUCAGCCUGAUAGCUGCUCUGAUUGUGUGUUAUGUGCUCUCUAUGUGUUUGAUGCAGAUAAAGCAGGUGAAUUACUCCACACAGCGGUUAGCCUCAAACUCCUCGAUGUGAUCGAUUUAGUCGACAGCUCAGAAAAAAAAAGACGAAAGGGCAGGAAUAAUUGCGAAGCAGCCGCAUGUUAGGAGGGAAUGUAAACACAAACACACACGCUUGUAUAUGCACACAAACUGCAUGCUGUGCUGUUUACAUGGCUCAGUCUGAUUUUAUCUGUGUGGCUUCACUAAACACUAAACAUGCAGCUUGUAAUUGAUGAUGCUGUUCUGUUCAGUCUACAAACCAGCAGGGCCUGCAAAGUUGUGUGUUAUUUACAGGUUAGGUGUCAAAAAUAAAACACUCCAGAUAAAGAUGGAUGAGGAAAGCAUGUUUGUUUUUUCUGUUAGGUUCAUAUCCCGGUGGAAGUGGCUGAAUCAGGAAUCCCUCCUGUUUACAGCUGCACAGCUCACUACGUGGAGAUGCUGCUGAAAACUGAAGUUCCUCUGGUCCACUCGGCUUUCAGGAUGUCGGGUUUCACUCCAUCACAGGUAAGAUCUGCAUAGACGAAGGGCUAAGACACUGAAAUAUGUUGUUAAAUAAGAAUAAUGCACAACCACAGCUUAAAAGGUUUAAAGUGGACUAUUGCAAGUAAUAGAUUUUCUGGAUGACACCUAUAUUGUGCUGAAUGUUUCCUGCUCAGUCCACUGUCCUAACCGCUCUAGUUAAAAACACAAGAAACAUGAAAAUGAAAUAAACAACACAAGCUGAUGAUUAUUCCUCUUCCUUUUUAGUGCACCUGAUAGUUAACAGAUUAAAAGACCCCAAGCAUGAAAAAAUGUCAUUACAAUACACUAAAUAUUCAGAAUAUUCCCAUUCUUGCAACUUAAAGCUCCCGUGAGGAGUUUUUUUUUAUAAAUAAAAUGGACUAAAAUACAUAUUAGUGGAUUUUCAUGAUAUCCAAAAGCAAACAAGACCAUCGGUCACUAGACUUACAAUUUGAACCUUCGAAUUUUUAAUGCCCAAAUCUGGUGCAAGGGUGUAGGUGUCAGCCAUCAAGCAUUAGUAACAACCUUUUUAAACCUAUUUCUCGAUUGAAUAUCCACAAUAAAUUAUAUUUUUUACAAUAAAAAUUCACCAGGAUGGAGUUUUUUUUUUUAACUAUGUUAUUAAACUGUGCUUCUUACUAAUUAUUAAAACACACUUUUGAACACAGAGUCAACAAUAGUGAUUAGUGAUGUGCUUGUAUGCCAUAACAGUCUACUACCUGGAUGCAAACAAUCACAGAUGAAAGACGUGGCUUGCAAACAGCUACUCAGCUACAAUGAGUAAUAAGCAGCACAAGCAUAUGAACAUUAACCUGCAAAAGCUAUUGAAGACCGGUGGUGCUAGCUCUGCUAAUAUUAGCCACACUCAGCAGAUCAGUUUGGCAUCCUCUUCCUGCAGAUUCAGUGAUCCAGUGUCUGGCCUUAUUGGAAAUAUUUGUUCAAUUUUGACUGUUUUCUAACUUUAUAUGAGUCGGCUUAUUGGCAUUUAAUUAGUCACUUGUAAACAUCUAAAGUUACAGUAGAUCAAGAAAAAAAAUGUCUUUAUUACAAACUAGUAGUCAAAUCUAAGUCUUUGAUUCCCUACUUUCCAUCUCUGUUGUUUACAUCACUGAGCCUCUAAGAUUAAAAAGAGAGAGUCAUGGUACUGAUAGAAGUAGAGAAAAGAGCCUUAUUUGUAUUCUGUUGACUUAACAAAAUUUUAUGCAUCAACAUGAAUCCUCCAGCUCCACCAGAGCAGCCUAUUUUGUGUUUGUCGGUGGUGUUGAAUAAAAAUAUCUAAUUAAUAAUGUGAGUGAAGGACCCAAACAGGACUAUAAAGCCUUUUAAAGCCACUCUUUUAGUUGCCCUGUGAAUGACUUUCCUUUUUAUCCCGCUUUGACUUCAGCCGACUUUAAAAUUCCGAAUGGAGUCUUUGACAUUGAAUCUCUUUCCUUUUCUUUAGCGGAGCUGCUGAAAAGUUAGAUCUUCGCUCCCCUGCUCGUGAUUCUUUUGACACAGACUCGUCUCUUCUGAACAACGAGGCAGAAAAAAAGGCUUUUCACCUUGAAUCCUCUUCUGUUUGAUCCGGUCUUCUGUGUGUCGGCGGUUGACAGUCGAGGCUCAAAUAAUGUUCGGCAGCGGGGGUGCUCAUAAGACUCGCCGCAUUUGCAUCAGAGAGCUGAACUCUGUGUCUCCAGGGUGGAGUUAAACCUUAACAUUCAGCUCAUCUCUUUUCUCUUCAAGGCGAUAAUGGGCACCUGUUACUCAGUCAGAAAUGGAAAUACCUUUUCCAAAAAGUUUGAGCUUUGAAAGCUUGACAAAGCAGCAGUGGCAAAUGAAGCAUUAUACACCUCUGACAUUCAAACAGUGGAGGUUGUGCAGGCGUGUGUGUGUGUGUGUGUGUGUGUGUGAACUCAGGCCUCUGUCAAAAUCCAUCUACAAAACGUUUUAGCAUUUAAAAUAGAUCGCCUUGAGAAUGGAGCGUGUGAUGAAAGGAGUUUCUAGAAAGAGCAGCGACCUGUGGUAGGUUUACUAUGAAUAAGCUGAGUCACAGGGAAACACGGGGUCUUUGGUUUACACGUCCUGAAUAAGAAACAAUGUGAGUCUUUAGGGUAAGUGACAUGUUGGUAGUUCUUUUAUCCCUCACUCAGCAAGAGCAAACUCAUUUUAAACAGCUUUUGAAUCGUGUUAAGAUUAUUUCCUGCAAAUAUAAAAUGAUGUUUCCUUCUUGCUUCUUGAGUGACUGUAUAAAAGCAUCUAUGAACAUGCAUUCAGCGUCCAAAUACACUAAAACACAAACAUUCAUGUCCUUCUCAAGAAAAUUCCUGCACCCUUAGAUUUUUCAGAAACUCUGCAAAAAAUUCAGAACUGCAACUUCAAUAUUGCCAAGCAUUGAACUGGAAGACCAUCAAGAUAUUUUUACAAAGGAAGCGUUUGAUAGUCACAGCUGCAUGUGACCUCUAGUUUUUAAAGUGUGGGUGGCCCGCAGAUGGUGGAGCCAAGGGCACGUUAUCUCUCAUACUUGCUUGUUCUUUUUUCUAGAGGUUGUCACUUUUGGCGCAAGUUCUAGCGGUGUAGGUCUACCUGAUGUUUAGUGGGUCAGGCAGCAUUAUUUUUGCAGCAUCUACUGUAUUGUUAUCAGUCCUUUUUUUAAAUAUUUUGGCACAUUUUUCAUGAUUUGCUGCAACAUCUUUGUCAUGUUCAGCAUAAUUUUGCAUCUUAAAUAAGGAGUAUUGUACAUUUUUUUCAUAUGCUAUAUUUCCUUUCUGAUACCUCUUUAAUAGCUUGAAAGGAUUUUUUUUAAAUCAAAAAAGGACCAUCUUUAUUAUUUCUAGCACCACUUUAUCAUCUAAACAUUAAUUUUUGCAUCACCAUGUUUAGCAGCACCAUUUUUAUCAUUUGCAAAAUCAUCUUUUUAAAUUGCAGCAUCUUUGUUGCCAUUCUCCCCAUCAUUUUUCCAUCAUUUUUAUCAUGCCCUCUUCAUUUGCAGCACCGUCUUUGUCAUAUUCAGUACAAGUUUUUCAUCCUUUUUCAAUACACUGUACUUCCUUUCUGAUUCUGAAAAAGCACCAUCUUUAUCAUUUCCGGCAACACUUUGUCAUCUAAACAUUAAUUUUUGCGUCGCCAUGUUGCACAUAACCAUUUUUAUCAUUUGCAUAAUCAUCUUCUUGAAUUGCAGCAUCUUUGUUGCCAUUCUCCCCCAUCAUUUUUAUCAUCCCUUCAUCAUUUGCAGAACCUUCUCUAUCAUUUUCAUCACCUUCUUCCACUUUAAAAAUCGUCUGUCAUUUCUAUGUUGUUUUCUGCUCCGUAUCUAAAUUUUGAUUGUCCCUUUUCAUUUCCUUCUGUUUGGAUUAUAUGUUUUUGGAAAGCACUUCAUGUUCCUGUCUUGAAAAAUUCUCCACAAAUAAAAAAGGUAUUGGUGUUAGUAUCAUGAGCAGCACCUCUGUUUAAUUGUUGGCAUCAUUUUAAAUGCUUUUUAGUGCCAUCUGGGCAAUUUUCUGCUCUGCUUUUAGCAUGUCACAAUCACCUUUGUCACUUUCAGCAUUAUCCCCAUUGUUUCUUGUACGCCUUUCACCAUGAUGACCAUUUUUCAGAACUUUCUUUUUGAGUUUAUGCAUUAUCUUUGGCAUUGUCUACAUCAUCCUAUGAUCAGGACAGUCACAUUUUCUUUCUUUUUUGCUUAUAUAAAAACGUUGUGCAGCUUCGAGGAUCAAAAUAACGUUUUCAACAGCCACAGAAAAGAGCUUUGGGAUAAAGCGAUAUGAUUAGAUGAAAACUAUUCUGAAAAGCAGUGUGAUUGUAUUUAAGACUAUUAUUGAGUCACUCCAGCAAUUUGAUGUUUUGCACAUUUAGAUUUUUGACUACUUGAAAAAUGGCCUUAAAAAUGAAAUUGUAAUCAUCUAAACAGUAACUCUGAAUCAUCUCUCAGCUCCACUGCAGAAUCAGAUCAAUCAGAACUUCACACAAAGAAGCUGGUUCUGAUUUCUGAGUGUGACCUGACCUGGUUGGAUUAAUAACAGCUCUGAAAGCCUGUUUAUGGCACAAAGGAAAUGAAGUAGAGAAUACUGCCAGGAAAGUCACUCUCACCUUUGACCUCUGAGUUUUAGCUCUUGGGAACAGUAACAACCAAGAAGAGUGCAUUAACUUCUUCAACUAAAAAGUGCUCUUGGAAAGACCUUGAGGGAUUUAUUGUUCCUUUUGUGGGCACACAGAGUACUCGACUUGUUCUUGUUUUUCUGCCAGAGGAUUUAAAAGCCAGGGUCUGAACUUUUCUAGUUUUUAUCACAACACACAAAUUAGGAUAUCAGUGUUUUGAUGCGAGUAAAGCUGAGAAGGACGGCUAAUGAUAAUGAUAAUAAUCUGAUAUGUUUAUAGCAUUAGUGAGGAAAGACAAAGAAGAAGCAGGAACAGCCACUGACAAGCUAGAUGUAGCAGCCCUCCAAAACACAGAUAAACACUUUAAAACCAAUGUUUUAAGAUUUACUGUGAAGUACUUUAUACUUCCUAAUCAUCCCUUUAGUGGUUUUCAUGCAGUUUUGUAACUUACUAUGGCUAGUACCUCUGACAUCAUUAGAAAUGGGUGACGACGUGGUCAAAGGAGGUCAAAUGCAUUUCAUAAGUUGAUUAUAUAACUUUUUUCUGGCUUUUUAUUUUACUGAAUGUUGUAUUUUUCACAGUUUUCUACAGAUUUUGAGUUUUUUUAUGAGGCAAUGGUUUGCAAUGAGAAAACUGUUACCUGUGGUACUCCUUGGAAUUGAAUUAUAACUUUGGUAAUUGCCUGAUUUUUUCCUGAAACUCCAUCGGAAGUUCAAAACUUUUAUAUGAAAUUAAACUCCUUUAAGCUUUUAUGGUUUGGACUUUGGUUUAUGAUCAUUUGCACAAAACAACCUAAAACAAAAUUUUCACCAGUGGAAAUAAAAAGUGCCUCUACAAAGGAUGACUUGAUUUGGGGUGUUUUUUCCCCUUGAUAGAUUUUCACUUCUUUUUUAGUUUUUGGUAAUUUUAAUCUAGAAACAGGUGGGAAACCCCCUGGUGGAGCCUCUGCGUUAAUAUCAGAGAUUUCAGCUCAACCGUCAGGUGGAAAAAUAAAACAUUUGCAUGCAUCUGCUUGUCCCUUCAUCCCUUAUUCCCACCUCAAUAUUCAGAACCGCUGUGAGUUAUCAUUUCUUCCCUUCGAAGUAAACAAGUUUCCGGAAAGAUUCAUUUAGAAAAGCUGAUAAAGCAAAGUCAAUUUAAAGUCUGGACAUAAAGAGCAUAAUGGUACAGUUGUAGAAGUUUGAAUCUCAGUCAUGUAAAUGUGAAGAAAUAUAUUGCUUCACUUGAAUGCCAGUUUAUAAGACAAAUACACUUGUGUACCUUAAGACCACUUAAACAUUUGUAUAGUGUAAGGUCGAUUUCUUGCCCUGACAUGUCUGAGCAGCUGUACUUCUAAGGGACUGUGUCCACUCACAGUAUUUUGCUUGCCUGCAGUGUCCACAACCUAAAUGUUUUAAAUGUUUUUCGAUGGCAUUGACUGUGACUAGUUAUACCAAUGCCACCUCGGCUUCCCUUGGCAGUAACCAUUAGGCCUGUUUUAAAAUGCUGUGUGCUUCAUAUAUGUGGCUUUUUCAUUAAAUUUUGCAAAGACAAUGUAAAAUGAUUGGUAGCAAUUGUUUUGCGUUGUUAGCGGCAGCUCUUGACCUGAAAACUGUGCCUCCAAAAUGAAAAAGUUUCUCCUUUGUAGGGACCCUUUCCAUUGUUGAUUCCAUUGUUUCAUUGUUGGUCUGUGAUAAAGACAUGACACUGAUGAGCGAUGCAGAUCUCCAAAAGUUGAGGGUGCUUUGGCACUAAGGACCCUAAAAGCAAGAAAUUGUGAUUGCGAAUAUAGACACUGCUAGCAUUAGUGGACACAGGCCCUAAUAUUUUACUCUCAUCUUUUCUUUACCAAACUUUUACAAGGUUAAACAGAUUUUGGGUUGUUAUCAUUAUGUAAAUGAAAUAAUUUUAGUUUUAGACAUUCCUGCAUUCGAAUAUGGCACUUAUUUGAUAAAUGAGAAAACUUGGUUACAGUGAGUUUUUGCUGUUUAGCAAAGUUUUUACAACUGUAGUUGACACACCAAGGGACAUUAUAAGAAUAAGGUAAAACUUACGAGCAAAUUUAGUGAGUUACUUCACCAAGAAGUGUGCUCGGCAGGAAACUAAAUCAUUAAAUCCAAGGUCAAGACAAUUUUUGGGAGCAGCCUAUUGUUUUGUUAUUUUCCCUGUUUUUGCAGACCACUUCGAAGAUUGAUGGCAUUGUAAAGGUUGGGACAUUUCAUAUCCUCAUGAUUUAUCACAGGGGAAAAACUAUUUCUCCAAAUGAUUAGUAAUUUUUCCAAAGCAUCAGGUUAAUCGCUCAUAUCAGAGUGUAAUAAAGGUCUUUGUUUUUUUUCCUCUUGUUUAAUUAAGAACUAGUGAUGCUUAAAGAGGAAUUCAUAAUAUUCUGAGGACAGUUUAAUUCUUAGAAAAGAAAAAAAAGAGAUUAAUGAGCAACAACUUUUGUCUUUCUCACAGAUGUGCCUCCAUUGGUUGACUCAGUGUUUCUGGAACUAUCUGGACUGGACUGAAAUCUGCCACUACAUCUCGACCUGUGUGGUGAUGGGUCCUGACUACCAAGUGUACAUGUGCGUGUCUAUACUCAAACACCUGCAGCCGGACAUCCUGCAGCGCACACAGUCCCAGGAGCUGCAGGUCUUUCUCAAGGUGAGGUGAAUUUAAAGAUAGUACACCCUGUCGAACAGGAUUAAAAACACGGCUGAAGGUGUUCCUGUCCAGAGAGGGGCACAAGUUAUUGAUUUGCCGGAUUUUUUAGCAUCAAUAUCUUUUGAGAAUUACGUAAUAUUUUAAGAUCUGAAACUGAAAUAAAUUGAAAAUCUGCAACAAGGGCAGUAAAUGUGUUCAUACUUAUCAAUGUUAACAAAGGCUGGCUACUGUGCGAGUAGCUGUCAGGGCGGUGUCACAGAUGGUGCUUUAAAGAGCUACACAUCUGCAUGAAAACAGCACAUUGCUGAAUGCAUUAGGGUCAUUCCAUGUCAAUUCAACCAAGAAUCUCCACUUACGUCACAGAUUUUGAUGAAAUUUGGUGGAGUGAUUGGCCUUAAGGAGAAAAUGUCAGAGCUCAGAUAUUUUUUUCAAAGCCAUCUAAUUAGUGAGAUAGGGGCUAACGAAUUUUUGGCUAAUUAGCAUGACAUGCAUUACAAAAGUGUUCAUAUCUCUGGAAGUAUGGCACCUAGAGAGCUGAUUCGGGUGUCAUUUUAAAGCUUGCUUCAAUUUCUAUCUUUUUGUUACAUAAUACUUUUUCCCAAAUUGGACCAGAAAAAAAGUUGAAAAACACCAAAAACUUCAAUUGGAAAUAGCAAAAAACGUGCGUCCUUCAAUUUUCUUCAUAUUCACACUUAAGAAAGACUAUCAUGUCCACUAGCAUCCCUGCAAGUUUCAGGAUGGGCAUUCCAUAACUUUUUGAGUAAUCUGUCAAAAUGUGUGAUACGUUAGGUCGAAAAUCACCUGCCUGCUUGUGUAAAAUAUUACUUCCUCAUAAUGCAAAAUGCUUUUUUUUUAGUGUUUUCAUUUUCAUUUUGUUUUCUCCUGAAGGCCAAUCAGUCCACCAAAUUUCAUCAAAAUCUGUGACAGGAGUGGAGAUUCUUGGUUGAAUUGACAUGGAAUGACCCAUUAGAAAGCCUUGUGCAGCGACACAGUUUAAACCUUCUCUCUAUUGGGUCCCUCAAAACAGACUGUCUCUUAAAAAUCAGAGCAAUUUAUAUUCUGAAUUUUCCAAUUUGGACAAAGUCACCUUAAAAUGACAAGUUAAGGCCAUGUCUUCAUUUAUGAGCUUAGUUUGCUCACAGAUCAAUAGGACACAAACUAGGUCUACCGAAACUUCUGCAGGACCAGCAGGCCGUGCUGCUGAACUACUUCUCCGCUCUGAUUGUUGAAUCUUUGCAGAUCAUUACGGUUUGAAGGCUGUUCACUACCAGCACAGACCUCCUUCAUUAUUUGGCCUCAUGUCUGGAUUUUAAAUGUGAGCUGUGAACUGUUCUGCAGACCUCUGCUGAAUUGUACAGCUCUGCUUUCAUAUCCGGCAGUGAUCCCUGAUUCACAUUCAUAUUGAAUAGGAAAAUCGACUUUGUGAAUUUGCUCAUAAAACUUCCUGCAUUGGUAUGUUUUGCUAGCGGCCUGUUCUGAAAGUUUAACAUCUCAUUGAAAUAAGUUCUGCGUGGUGAAUUUUGGAUGACGGCAGGGUUGAAAAGCGGCCCUGAAGAAGGUCUAAAGUCACAGUCUCUGAGGCGUGCUCUUUCGCUAAUACCCAAAACAACAUUAAACAGCAGCAUUGUGAAUGAGGCUCGUCCUGACAUGAGGCGCUCCUUGUCAUUACUCAUUAAACGUUUCAAUCCUUCUCGUCCCCGGCUGAUAGCUGGGGUGUUAACAUCGCCAUGAGCCGGCGCUGACACUUUUUGUGAAUAAAAGAUCAGUUACGGAGGCUUUAUCUGAGGAAGCUCUUCUAAUGAGCUGUAGCAUCAGAUACUGCUCCCAGAGACCGAAUGUGUGUUUGUGUGUGUGAGAAACUUAUAAAAUCCUCGUCCUGAGCUGAACUGGGGCAAGUUUUACUCAUGCCUUUUCGCGUCCAGUGGUCCUAACUUUCCUCUACUCCUCUGUGUCUCUACAGGAACAGUGUUAAGGGAGUAUUUUAUUCCAAAAAAUAGUAUUAGAGGAUUUUCAAAACAUUCAUACACUUGCACUUAUCUUCCCUCACUGGGGGGUGUAUCUAUUUUUCAUCUAAAUUAAAAUUCGAAAAAGGCAAAUGACGUGCUACAACUGUUUUAAGUCAAAGAAGCUACAGCAGAGGCAGGGAUCAUAUAUCUGCCACGGCUCAGAGACUACAAGGGAUCCCAAACCCUAUAGAAACUUAAUUUUUUACUUUUUCUGCAUUCAAAGAAAAAUUGCCUGUCACCACAUGUAGAAAGGUGUUGCACCGGCUCAUAUUUAUUCCUUUAAUUUCUUCUCAAAGUUUUUCAUUCACUUAGUAUCAGUGUGGAAUAGCGCAAACAAACUUCUUGCAGGAGUUCAGCUUUUUCCUGCAAACACACCUGAACAGAGAGAGCACUUGUGCUGCUUUAGAUGAGUGCAACUAUGAGCCGUCCACUCGAAGUACUCGAACUCUCUUUGUUUUUUUUACUGUUGUGUCUGAAGCUUCACGAUGAGAGGGCUGCAAUUUGCAGGUUCAAGAAGUUUUAUUGCAGUAAGACCGAUUGGAAAGAGAAGGUCCAAUGCUUUUAAAGCAUCUCUACACAAGGCUAUUUUUAGCUCAUCACAUCAUUGCACAACAAAACCAAACAUCAUCAUCACCAAAACAAAGGGAAGUCCAACAACAAGCCUAUCAUACCAGGAAGAUAAAACAGAACAUGGUCUCUGAGUAGGAAUAGUCUCUGCAACAGUCUAUGAGAGGACAGGUCUACACAACAAUACUCACAUACAGAUGAUCCCUAUUGUUUACAAAUGCACCUGUACAUUCAUAUUCUCAUAACGUACUUGUUAACUCUUGCAGACUAACAAAGCUCAUGUUGCUACUGGUGUAUAAGAGCCUAGGGGUGCAGACAGCCGGGAAGGACACAUCUGCACACACAGAAUGAUUGACAUGUUGCUAUUCAGAAUAUGUCCAUAAAUCCUGGCACUAGGGCUGUCACUAUUCAUUUGUUGCAAUGAUGUAUUUGUUUUAACCAGUGCAUCAACACAGCACUCCUGUGGUGAACAUCAAUUCAUCAUCAUCGUACAAAGUGAGUCGUUGAUUGUGCAGAUUUGUUAAAACGGUUUGAGAUGUGCAGCAUGACAGAUGUUAUUGAUGUGGGUGUAUUAAUCCAAACUGUACAUCCAGGUUGUUUUCGCCUUUGGUGACAGUCUUGGCAUGUAACAGCAGCACCAUGGCAUUAAAAUCAGUAAUUAAUACAUUAAUCAGGCUAGCUAAUGAUCUCAGAAGUGUGAACGGUUGAUGGAUCUUAAAGACGAUUUGGGGCAUUAAGCAGCUUAACAUCACUCGUUGAAUAUCUAAAUAUUCAGCAAAAGAAUUAGCACAUUUCAUUCUAUCCAACAACAACCCUAACCCUAACCCUUUUAGGAUUUAUUAAUCCAAACUGUACAUCCAGGUGGUUCUCGUCUUUGGUGAUAGUCUUGGCUUGUAGCAGUAGCGCCAUGGCAUCAAAAUGGAAAUCUUUGUAAUUGGGAUAUUAAUCAGGCUAGCUAAUGAUCUCAGAAGUGUGAAUGGUUGAUGGAUCUAAAAGACGAUUUGGGCAUCAAGCAGCUCACAUCACUUGUCGAAUAUCUAAAUAUUCAGCAAGUGCAUCAGCACAUUUUAUUUUUAGGGUUAAACUUAAAGAUUACAUAUUAACCCAACUCUAAUUCCUACAGUCCUGUCUUUGCACCUUUCUCUUUUAAUUCUAACAGCGAGAAAACAGACCAAAAGUAAUCCCCUCUGUGUUUAUCACAGCUUAUUCCCUCCAGGGGUUUAACUGAGUCUGUCGUUUCUUUCCUGGUGAGGCAAAUUAGCCAGCAAAGCAACUUUGGUUUUGAGCUUUUGGGAUUAAUGUUGCAGCUAAUUCUGGCUGACGCCAAGAAACUUAAAGUUCCAACAUCCAUUGGGUGUCUUUAUUUACUGACAGUUCAGCUGUUAUGCUUUAAAAGAAGAAACACACAUACACCCUCAAACAAACCCUUUGAUGCAUAAAGUAAAGGUGAUUUGGUGUUAAGUUAGUGCAUUAACUGAACAGUUAUUAAAGUUUUGUCAAAUUCUUGAUUCUACUUGGUCAUAACCCCCAAACAAUGCAGUAAAAUCUCAUCUCUAAUCAAUCUGCCGUCAUGAUAUAUUCUGUUAAUUCAGUUUUUCCCUGGUUUUGUUGUUUGAGUGUAUUUUCUGUGUUUUUCCUAGUGUUUCUGUUCCCUAUUGUUCAUGUGAUCUAGUAUUGUGAGUUUUCAGUUUGUGUUUGACCCUGUUUCCUUUCUGUUCUCUAUGUUUUAUUCUUUAGAUCAGCUUCCAGUGUUUCCUAUUAUCUAUUUUGUAGUAGUUGAUUCCUUGUGUCUCUAGUCUGGUUUUACUUCCCCAGUUUUCCCUCCUUUGUUAAUUACCCAUGAUGAGUUUCACCUGUGUCUCGUCUGCCACACCUGUUGCUCGUUAACCAGUCUGUAUAAAGUCUCUGGCUGUGUCCAAAAUAAAUCACUCAAUCCCUAACCCCUAACCCUCAUAUGGGGUUUCACUAUAGCUGACUAUGUAGUGAGCUCAAUCACUGGAGGUUUCGGACACUACAUGGCAUGACGCAAUGCAUGACGGGAUGCCCUCCACCAGUGAGUGACCCUGGGAUGGUCACUACAUUUUGUAAUGCUCUAUGGGAAAUUUUGAGUCGCCUAUAUGGGGCACUGGAAUUGAUCACUCAGGCUUCAGACAUCCCUCAAAAUGGCACUAUCCCCCAUGUAGUCGCCUAUAUAGGGGUUAGGGAUCCAUUUGGGACACAGCCCCUGUCUUCCUCUCUGUCUUUGUUGGUUUAUUGUGCAUGCGUGUGUGCGUGCGUGCCCUCAUGCAUGUAGGUAGGUAGGUCAAUGUCAGCGUAUGUUAAGAUGCCCAGUUAGUAUCCUUGUGGUUGUGCCUCUUUGUUUGUUCAGGAUUUAGCUUCUGGACAUUUUGAGAGUAAGUUUUGAAGUGGACUUUUACAUUUUGCUUUUGCUUAAAUAAAUCCUUAGUUCUGCAGUUGAGUCCUUUUUUCUUUGUUUAACACUGCACCAUAACAUUUGCAUUAAAGCGUUGCACCAAUCACCUCUGCCUGUUGCCACUGUGGCAAAAACAGCUUCUGUCUCAAAUUUGAGAUGUGAUAUAGAUAUGAGAGCCGCCUUAGACGCUACAAGCCUUCACCAUCUCUGACUGGGGAAGUGGAGGAACAUUUUUUAGUCUCUCCUUAACUGGCACAAGUUAAUCAGAGGGUAAAGCUGGAUGAAGAUUCAUCCACCUGCAUUAAAUUGUUCUGAGCAUUAAACAUGUGCCUCCACCCAUCAGGUAAUAUAACCACAUGCUGCUGAGAAAGCAUCGCUUGUUUACAAAAAUAGGAUUUAAUUAUCACAAUAAAUUCUGACUUUUGCAAUGUCUUCAUAGCGAGCACUCGAACGGUGAUUUAUAGAGUUGCCUUCCGCGUUGAUGGUUUCGCUCUUCACAGGGAAACAUAUGGAUUUAAUAGUUUUUGAAUUAUCUCCUGGCCCUGCUGAAAAUAAGCCGACACUUAAUGAAAAUCAGUUCAUCAAACAUGUCUUGAAUAUGAGUGAUAACUCAAAAUCUUUAUAAUUAAAAGGAUUUUUCUCUUAUGAAGUGUGUUUUAUGUCGUAAUACACCGCUUCCUCGAGUUUUCACAGCAUAGUUCUCCAUCAGACCAAAACUCGUUUCUUCUUGACGUUACUGACUCUGUUGAAUAAUCACCCCUGUGUUUUCAUUAUAUUUCUCCCACUUUAAUCUUCUUCUUUUAUUCAUCACACAUCACUUCUUUGAGGUUUUUCAAAAUGCUCAUAAAAGACGCCUAAUGAAGGCUGAUUAUCAGCGGAUGGGAUUAGGUUUGAUGGAUAUGCAGAGUAGCAGAUCAGAACAAAAAACUCAUCAGGAAACAUGAAACUGCUUAAUUUUGUGUUGGUUUUUCAGAGUUAGAGGACUCUGUAUUGUCUGCAUGAAGGUGAAGAGCUCAUACUCAGAGUGGAGGUCCUGGGACAGGUCAGACAACACUCUCUGUGCCUGCUUUAGGACACACUGCUCGUAUAUUGGCAUGAGAGUGAGGUUUCCAGUCCUCCCUGUGACCUUCAUGGUAGUUUGAACUUAACGGACAAGCUUAGAUUGUACCUGUAACCUCCACCAGCACAGCUGGGUAAAAAUAAAGACAUGAUCUGGUGAUCUAACCAUACAUUCUGGGUCUGUAUCAUGUAAACAUAUCAAUCGGAAGACUCUGAUCCAAUUCGGCCAAAUCAGAAAGAAAUUGUAUUCCGAUUGAGAGGGUUGGUUUAUGCUGAUCGUUAUUCCAAAACACGUCCAUGUAAACACUUAUUCUGAUCGUGACUCUCCUACCUGACUCGAUCUUCACUCUUUAGCCUUUUGCUUAUUUAUUGAGGCCAGUACAGGAGGUUUCAUUAUUAACAGUCUGGCAUAAAACACAACUGCAGGUGCCGUGUCUGCUCCUCCGGUAACAUAAGGCCCACAUACAGCGUAAUGAUGUCGCAUCUGCACGCACAGUGCAACCUUUGACAGAACAGUAAAAUAAGUACACAAGGGCGCCAUCUACUGACAACAUUUAAUGGGGGAAAACUCCUGAAUUGGAUGAAGUGAGCCACUCCCGCGUUUUUGGUUUGUUGACAGCACAGGCUUAAAUACAACUCUUCUUCUGUGGUUGUUUUAGCGAAAUCAGACAACUUUGCGCAUGUCCAAAUGCUUCUAAUCUGAAUAAAGUUUGGUGCAUGUAUAUGCACGUCAGUAAGAUUCAACUCCUUAACCACAGAAAGACAAAACUCCCUUUAUUUAUGGCUGGUGAUAAUCCCUUAUUAUGAAGGAGACAAGAAAUGAGUGCUGACAGUUUGCAGAAGAAAUUCAACUUUGUCCUGGAGUGUGUUGCAGGUUGUUUGCAGUAAUUUCUUAUUCUGAAUGUGUUACAAUUCUGAGGGGCAGUUUUUUCCUCAUCUUGCUAACUGUUGAUGCCACACACACAGAUAGUGCACAGACAGUUAUUUGCUCUGUUGCAUUCCCCACGAGGCCUUGGUUAUAAUGAUGCAUACUGUAACUCAGGCAGCAAUUACAGCAGCUGCAGUUGAAACCAUGACAGAACAAAUUAGGCAGAUUAAAAUCUGUUUGUCUGCACUGAUCCUCGUCUCUUAUAUGGUUGAUUUAUCUUUUUCAUAUUACAACAUGUCUCGUUAUGUGUAUUUUGCACAGUAGGGAUGCUGCUUCUGAUUAGGAUGAUUUUUUUCCAUCAUGUAAAACCUCAUUACCUCAAACAAGACUGUUGUUUGCUUGACUUUGAGAGCUCUAAAUUGAGUGACUCUGACUUUGAAAUAGAUUGAAUGUAAAGUAUUUUAAUGAAAAGGUUGCAUCAGAUUAUUCACACCCCACCUCGCUACAAUGUGACUGAUAAUUAAGUAAGCAGCCGUCUGCAGAAAAAGAAAACCAAUACCUGUCUGCAAAGCUCGGCUACAGGGACCUGAGAUUAAACUAAGGGGUCCCAAAUUAAUCAAAGACAACAGAAAACGGAUGAAUUGGCCAGACAAAAGUUUUAUACAUUUGCUCUUUUUUUCUCUUUUACUUUGUAAGUUUGGAAAUAAAGUUGAAAAAAACAACUUACAAUGAAAUGAGCCAGAAGGAAAAGACAGAAUAAACUCUUCACUAAUGAUAUCAGUAUGAAGGCUAUAGGCAAAGUUUUCAUAUUAGUUUGUUUGAAGAGCUGCUCCAACGCUUAAGAGACAAAUUCAGACAAUGAAACUAAAGCCUAGAAAUCCUUACCAUGUCUACUUGGCAAUUUCCAGAUUCUUCUUCAGAAACAAACACACAGACACAGAAUCCCUAUAAUAUUCUCUCUCUCAGUGCGUUUACAUGCACAGCUUAAUCGGACUAAGCUCAUAAUUCGUUUUCUUCACUGAGUUGGACUUCUCUACUUGUCCGUGUAUACAUGCAGCUGAGAAAAUCGAAUUAUUGACGUGAACGUGUCCUCCUCCCCAAAACUAGGGGGCGAUAUGGGUCUUUCAGUGGUGCUGUUUCCGGUUGACCCAACAACAACAGCAGGUCCGUGCCAGACGUCAUAAGUGGCUACAACUGCUGCUGAGCAUUUUCAAGCAAGAAGAUGGAGCAUCGUACAGCGUUGUUUUUGUCGUACAUGAUGUGCGUGCUACUUUUUCUGCAAAUGAGGUGGUGCACGCUACUCCUCUCCCACUGGUGUGUUUGUUCCAGGGUUAUGAGGGCAUGGGGCACACGUACAUGCAUUGUCCAAUUAUACUCUAACUACGCUGGUUACAUGGUAGAGAAAAUCGAAUUCCAAUCGCAUUAUCUGGGUGUCUUAAUCAGAGUGUUCCGACUCCAAUCAGAGUUCCCAAACUCCGAUUAUCGUCAGACUAAGGUGUUUACAUGCACUUCAGUUGUCCAGUCUUAAUUGGAGUUUUCUCGAGUGUCAUGUAAACAUGCUGACUGUUCACAUUAAGCCAUUAAGACCUGAACCCUGUCUGAGAUACGCCUCUGAAAUCCUGAGGGCAAUUUUAAGAAGGGCCCCCAGAUCCUGAGGUUUUCUGAAGUGUUGAGGUUUACAAAAAAAGCUGAUAUCUCAGCCUCUGUAGCAGACAGAAACAAAAAUUCAAAACGUAUUUGAGAGCUUAUACAUGUGGCUUUCAAGAUACCUAUCUUUUAUUUUUCCGAACCUUCAUGACAUUUUUGAAAACCUUGAACAAACAAACUCAAAUGAAAUAAAGCGGCUGUAUAAAUAAAAGUAAAGGCUCUGCACUGGAGAAUAACAAACUAUUUGCUUUCUGUUAAAAAAGUGGCAGUCAUGAUAAAGUGUCCAUUCAAUACAAAUGUAAAUAUAAAAAAUAAGGUGUUGAAAGGGUAUGCGGCUGCCCCAGUAUAGUGCCAGUACAAAAGCAGCACUAAAAAAUAAAUAAAUAAGUGGCUGACAGUGUGUUCAUCUCUGUGCUCACCCAAAGUCAUGCAACACUGACAGAAAUCGCCAAUAGUGUGAGCCAAAGCACUCAAUAUGAAGAGGUUGUUCACACUGCUGGAUGUUUCUCCUCUGAAGCUGCUCUCUGCCUCCAUCAUUGUUUACUUUCCUCACGAAGCAGGUAGCAAAAUCCAAGCACGAAUCUGAUCGCUUUAUUAGCCUAUCAGAGGCAGACGGGUAUGAUGAUAUGAUUCGCCACGACUCCAGAAAUGAUUGGAAAACUACAGAAUUUAACAAAAUGACGUAUCCGCGCUCCCGGCUUGAAAUGCCAGUAGAAAUGCGCAGCUGUGUCGCCGGCUUUGAAGGUUGAAAUGCGUACAUGCUGUCCCGAUUAAAAUGGGUUAAGAGGUACGAUUCUAUUAAUCUGAAACAUGCUGUGGAGCUUGAUAUUUGUAUUGAAGUUUAGUAAAGUGUGUUAGUCAGCUGACGUUUGUCGCUGUUCACUGCUGUUAACCUCAGGUGGUGUGUGAGCCACGAUAUUCGAAGUGUUCCCCAAGUGCUCUACUUUCACUCGGCACACUUAGCAUGCAGCAGGUCACACCAGGCUCCUUUAUACCUGAGAGUACUCAAAGUGCAUCCAGUUGCUGGCCCUGAAUUUAUCAAUGCUCCAUGGACAUAAAAUUAGCAACUCACAAUGAAAAAAGCAGCGAGCUGGCCAGGACUAACACACUCCUGCUACAGCUGUGCACUCUGGGAGCCUAAAGCUGGGAUGCUGUGCCUAAAGUGGCUGCUGGAGAAACAGAAAAUAAAUAAGUCAACAGAUUUUUGGACUUUUCAAAUCCAUCAAAAAUUGAAAGAAUGAAGAGCCAUGAUUCUGACAUGACUUGAUUUUUUUCCCUCAUAUGUAGUCCACAAACUAAACUGCUAUUCAAACUACAAAUGUCUCUUCUUGACUUGCAGGAGGAGCCAAUACAGGACUUCAAGGUGAGCAACUACUUGGACUUCAUGCAGGAACUGGAGAGCAGAUACAGAGACAUUAUUCUCACAGACAUGAAAACCAUCCGUGACCCCGUUGAGUAAGAACGUGUCAAAACUUCCUGCAUCACAACAGAAACACUUGAAUGAAGUUUUUGGACGAAUUUCUGAAUUUCUUCUAUCUCGGUGAAGAUUUAACAAAUACCUCAACGUGUCCUGGUGCAAUUUAAUACUGAUUCAUCAUUCCUAAUGUUAUAUUUGUCCAUAGCAGAAAUACAAACUCUGCAAAGUGUAAGAAAGAUGGUUCAAGAAAGAGCUACACAGCUUCGUAAUAAACUGCACAUCGCUUCCUGCAAAGGAAGUCAAACUACCUAAGCAUUAAACUCCUGUAAAUGAUGUAAAUACUUUCUGCUUUUAUUGUGAAAAGCUACAUUGUAAAGAUCCAGUACCUAAAUGUCUAAAAUAUUUGUAUUCUGUUUUUAGUAUUUUUCUACUAUGUACAUGUUUUUGAACUGUUCGUGGUUAGCUUUAAAAUAAGCCCUCAGAUACAGCUGAGAAUACAUUUUGAAAUGAAAUUUAAAAUAUAUAAAAUGUUUAAAUAUGAGACGUUUUCAACGCCCUGGUGUUCUAAAGCAUCAGAUCCUCCAGAGACCAGGCGAGUCUGUCUCCCGACUGUGUCACAGAUCAUUAAUGCCAGGACAUGCAAGAGUGCAUCCCACAGUCUCUGCUGCUCGUGUACUCAGCCGGGUCUUUGUAUGAAAGAUGCAUGAGGCAGGUUGUAUUAUUGUGAUAAACCCUCAUUAGUAACCCCGGACGAUUCUCUGUCUCCUCCCUGCUCUGCUGUCCCUCUUCAGACACUCUGGGGCCUGAAUAAUAAUAACCCAGUCCACCUCUCUUCCAUAUCAGCUGUGCUUAUGGGGGAUGUGCAGUACAGAGACGAUCAAACAUUUGGGCUUAAAUGCUUUUUGUUUGAUCCCAAAUUUCACUCAAAGUCUGAAAUUGUCAGCUCUUUUAGCACAGAAAUUGAAUGUAAUGCUACAGAACAUCAGCUGAUUCUAGUGCCAGCCAAGAUCAGCUGACUGCUCAGCCUUGUUGUGUACCCUCAGAGUCUUUGCUGCUGCUCUCCCUGCCCCGACUUUGGUAUUUCACAUACUCACUUGGAAGGAGUUGCAAAUGGGUUCUGACCCAUCAGACCGAAGUAAAAAAUAAAAACCAGUCCACAAUAAAACAACCUGCCCAAGACUAAUUUUGGCUCAAUCCAACUCAAAACCACCCUGAGUUGGCUUGGCUUAGAUUGGUUGGGUUAGCAACCUAUACUUUAGCCAGGAGUCACUUCCAAUGCCGCCUUGUUGUCUAAGUUUUUACAGUCUCCUGUUAGCGCACACUUUUCUUUUUAAACAUCAAACAAAUGUUUCUGCUCUACUUUGGUUUUAAGAACUCCCUGAGUGAAUUUCUGCUUUUUAUCUGCUUCUUUUACCA